GGGACAGGCACUGUGUGAGAGCAGCAACAUGGAAAGAAACAGCCAGAAUGAUUUAUUGAAUGAGCUUUGGAAAGACAAUCUGAGAAUGGAGAAAGAGAAAACAGGUAAGUUUUAUUUACAUAUCACGAAGCCAACAUAAUCUGUUGGGGACUUUUAACCUGUUAUAGGAAGCAAACCUGUGCUUCCCAAACAUGCAGGAGGUGUAUCCUGCAACAAGUGUAACACCCACUGAAACAGGAUUGAACCUCUCAGCGUUAUGGAUAUUUCUUUCAAAAACUUUUUAUAUUGAAUUAAGGAUUUUUGGUUUUAUUACAACCUACUACCUCCUUAUUUCAAUAAUUUACUCAAUCUGAGUUUUUUUCCUGGCAUUUUUUAUUUAUUUUAUUUAUUUUUAACCCGAAGAGCGGUUAUCUACUUUACUCUCAAGAACAUCCUAGGUGGGGAUCAUACCACUAACGCUGUCAUCACUGAGCAGUAAGUCUGCUCCAUACUUGUAAGUAAUAUGCUGUUUAUUUUUAUUUACCUGUAUUAUAUUACUGAGAGCACUAUCUGUGGCUCUUUUGCUUCGAGCACUUAGAUUGCCAUCUACUGUGAAAGACUACGACCAUCAUAUCGCAUAAGUGGGGAUUAUACCACUGUAUGCGAUAUCCACUAGAGCUGGUCAUAGUUCUUGUUCAUGUGAGCGCAAUAUUUUUAUCUCUUAAGUGUUGUCCGUCUAGCCCAGACAUAUUGCACUAUCAGGUCGCUCUGUCUUUUCUUUUUCCACAUAUGGAGACUGAGAAGACCCAGACCCUUCACAUCCCUCAAGUAUAAAGAACCAAGAUACCAAAGCUGGACUUACCUAUUUAUCUAUUUAUUUAUUUUACCUAGAGACUAUUCUAAUUCUGUAUAUCGUAUUUCAUUGGGAAUAUAUUUUAAUAUAUUUUAGUACCUCCUUUUGUGGUGCAGCCCUUCCCCAUCUGUUUUCUUUUCUGUUAUUUUGAAGGGUUCAGAGGGAUCCCCUUCUUAGGGUUGCUGCCUUAUUUUACCUUUUUUAUUUAGCGCUGACCCUUUCUGUUUUUUAACUGUGAGAGAGCAGCAACAUAGAAAGAAACAGCCAGAAUGAUUUAUUGAAUGAGCUUUGGACAGACAAUCUGAGCAUGGAGAGAGAGAAAACAAGUAAGUUUUAUUUACAUAUCACGAAGCCAACAUAAUCUGUUGGGGACUUUUAACCUGUUAUAGGAAGCAAACCUGUGCUUCCCAAACAUGCAGGAGAUGUGUAUCUCGCAACAAGUGUAACACCCAUUGAAACAGGAUUGAUCCUCUCAGCAAGGGGUAUGAGCUUUUAGCAUUAAGAGCAGAAGCACUUAAUUGUAUAACACGAAUCAAAUCAGAUAGUUAGAAAACUGCAAACCUGUCAGUUUGAAGAAUUUUUUGGCAAGGAAAGUCAAACAAAAAAUUCUUUAUCAACUGAGGUACUUGUGUUAGGUCACUGAAUAUUACACAGAAAUAGAAACAAUGGUAAAAUAUCAGUAUACCAAGUGGCCAGGAAUAGUGAAAAGCAGACGUCAAGAUAAGUUGCAGUUUUAAUUGUGUGCAAUAUAGCAUUAGAAAGGACAGGUGCAAUUAUUGACUGAUCACCCUUGUGUUUGCCUUACAAAAUAACACAAUUCUACCAUUAGUGCUACUGCCCAUCUAUUAUUUAACAGGAGUCCAGAACAGCCUACGGCAAAAUAACUACUAGUAGGGUCAAAUAAUAAUCCUUUUUAGAGCUGUUUAGCUUCACCGCUGCAAGGUAAUGACCACAAAUUAUUAAAUUAUUCAGUCAGUGUUCAGAAGCUAGUGGGAUCAGUGAGUGCGUAGCCCAUAAAUGAACACUUGAUUAAACUGCUGAAUCGUUGGACUUUUAAAACCUUAUUCUAUUAGCUUGGUCUGCCUAAAAUCAAAACAUGAAUAUUAAAUAUAACUAAAUCCUAAAUGUGAUGUUAAUGAAAAGAACACAAAUAGGCAGUCUUUUUUUACAACAGAAACUUAUUUUUUCUUCCACAUUUUGCUACAUUAAAAGAAUAUAUAGUAUUCUCCAAUGCACAAACUGAUAGUUUGUAUUCCAAGGAAAGGGUCAGAUUUAAUGAUACCGUAAUUUAACCGUUUUCAAUGUUAAAAGAAAUUUGAAGCAAGUCACUCCAUCUAAAUGCUAACUUUAAAGACAUCCACUUAUUUCAUGAAGCAACACUGCCACCUAUUGGCUCAGUCUACUUGGUUUCUUGGUUGGUUUACAGAGAAAUGCUCAGUACAAAAGUUGUGAAACAUACAAAUACGUGCUGGAAAACGUUGAGCUUAUUAAUUUUUAGUGUUUUACACAAUUUCUAUUUUUUUAUCUCACUAAUGUAAAAAAACUAAUUAUUAAUGGCAGAUUGUGAUUCAAUCUCUCUAAAACUGAAUUUCUUAUUUUUCCUCCUCAUAACAUUGAUCUUCCUCCUUCACUCUCCCUGUAGGUUGAUGGUACCUGCCUCACCCAAUCCUUUCAAGCUCAGUGUCUUGGUGUCAUCGUGGCCUCACCUUUGAGCCUCAUGUCCAGUCUGUUGCUAAAACCUUUCAAUUCAAACUUUAAAACAUUGCCUGCAUACACCCCUUUCUUAUGCAAGAUGCUGCUAAUGAGCUUGUUCAUGCUUUAGUAAUCUCUUGCAUGGAUUACUGUAAUUCUCUCCUAAUUGGUCUCCCCAGAAGCCAUACUGCCCCCCUACAAUCUGUGAUGAAGGCUGAUCUUUCUCACCUGUAUCGCCGCUCACACCUCACCCCUCUGUCAAUCCUUACACUGGGUUCCUGUACCCUACAGGUGUCAAUUUAAAAUACUAACCCUUACCUAUAAAGUUCUAACCAACUCUAGCCCCUCUUACAUUUCUUCAUUGAUCCAUAGGUAUGUCCCCUCUCAGUCUUUCCGCUCUACUGGUGACUUUCUCCUGUCUUCUGCUUGCACCCUUACUGCAAAUUCACGCCUGUGAGACUUCUCACAGGCGGCUCCUUUCCUUUCUCUCCCCUUGUCUUCAAUCUUUUAAGAAGUCUCUCAAAACCCAUCUUUUUAGGAAUGCUUACAGCCUCCAAAAGUAACUUCUAUCUAUGAUCAUAUAAUGUAACUAAACCCCAUUAUUUCUUGCCUAGGUGAGGUGAUUUUAAAUAAAACUAUUACAAUCUGUAAGAUUUGAAAUCAUUGUUUAGUGAAUAAGCGAGUGCACUGGAUUGUGUAUUUUGUAUGUUGUAUAUUUUGGCCCUAGCAGCACCAUACAAUGUAUGCAUGUUCAGGUGAGUGCAGCCCCCUCUCUGUGUAUAUUAUAUAUAUAUAUAUAUAUAUAUCUCUUUAAAAAAUGUUCUACAAGUACCACACACAAGAAAAUGUGCUGUUCACAAAACGCUGGGUCUAUCUCAGCCUAAAUGCCCUCUGAUCCGUAAGCCUAUAUCUUAUCAUGGUUCCAUUUAAAUACACUGUCUCCACCAGUAGAGGUCAUCAACAGGCACACACUGAAGGUUGAUAGCUUGGCUCUGGUGCUUGCAGGGGACCUUGUUGCUACCUUUGUUAUAAAUGGGGAGCUAGCCGCUCUAGCCAAUCAGCAACGCCCCUCCCUGGUGGCACUCUGCACUUCCUAUAACUCAGAUGCAGAGAGUACAUGACGCUUGGGGGACCUGGAUAUCAGCCAUAUUUGUGGUUAAACCGUUUUUAAAUAGUUUAACAGAUAAGGUAAGAAUGCACCUGGGGCCACCUGGCACCAUUACAACUUUAUUUAGAUAAAGUAUUUAUGAUUACCAGUGUCCCUUUAAAUAAGAAUGAUGUUGUAAAAAGAGUGCUCAGUCAAACUUAGUUUUUCAUAUACAAAUGCAGACAAGGCGAUUAUUUACCAACUAAAAGAUGCCUUUUGUGAAUAGACAUACCUUUGGUCAGGACAGCAUCAAACUUAUCAUUAUAGGGUAUCUCUCCUUUGUGUAUUAAAAUGUCACUUUCAAAAAUCCGAUAUUGAAAAAAAAGCUAACAUGUGUCGUUCCAUAAUUCACGGACUAUAAUGUCUAAAUCACAUUAUUUAAAAACUGUUGAAAGCAAUGAAAAUCCUUCACCUGCCCUUCUUAGCACUGCUGAGCUUAUUGGUAUUUAAUUCUAGAAAAAUUAUGAAAUGGCAAUUUCUUGUGACCUUGUUGGUCAGAUAACCUCAUUACAUAGUAUAGAUGUCGAAAAGAUGAAAAGAAAAAUGGUUACUGCAUGAUGUGGCCUGAGUCUAAAAAUAUUAAUUGAAUUCACAGCUAUUAUGUUAAAUUUAACUAUGACGUAAAUACUCUAAAUAAGACAAAUCCAAAUCUACAAGUUUUCCAAAACACAUUGCACAGUUAUUAAAAUUAUAAAAUACUGUAAUUUUUUUCUCGGAUAUAUAAGAAUAUAUAUAUAUAUACAUAUAUAUAUAUAUAUAUAUAUAUAUAAAUAUAUAUAUAUUUUUAUAUAUAUAAAUAAAUAAAUGGUAGUUAACUACAGCUUCUCUUUCUUUUUCUCGGGUAUGUAAAGCAAUAUUAUAAUAAACAUACCCCGGUAUUUUAUAAGGUUACCUGUGGAAUACUAAGAAAACAUGUUGGCAGUAAAUAUAAUAUGCAAAAAUACAUGGACUGAACAUGCCACCUGCACAGCAGACAAACAAAAAACAAAAAAACUAAAAAAUAACAUCUGUAUUAUCUUUAAAAGCUGCUUAAUAUUUUAGAGUAUAGAUAACUUGAAUUAUCAGUCAUUGAUGCACAGAAGAUACACAGAUAGCCACAUGGUAGUUUUCAGAAGCUUAAGGUUAGGAAUGGUAACAAUGAUGUAUGCUUUCGUUUACCUCCAGCUUCUAAGAUUUGAUUUUUCGUGUCAAAUACAGAGCGAGAGAAUUAUAAAGGAGGGCUGGGAUUGUGAUUGAUUUCUCCUUAAGAAAGGGAUGACAUGAUGCAUUGCUUCAAUAAGACACUCAAAUAUUUCUGUGAUAAAUCAGAAUGUUCUUCGACACUGUAGGUUCCUUCUUUUGCUUGUUCUGUGUUUCAAAGGAACUUUUUUCCCCCUUAGUGAUACAGUUUUAAGGGUCUAACUAAUUUUAGUCUACAGGAUACUAAUCUAGAUUUUCUUUAAAACAAUGCAGAGUGAGGACUGAAUGUGACAGUGUUAAUGCGUUCUCUAAAAUCCAAUAGAAUGCAAACAUUUUGUAGUCCAUUCACUCAAGUGCAAUAAUUGAUUUUCUUAAGCAGUAAAUGGCAAAAUCAGUAGAAAAGACAUUUUACUGCAUCCAUUAAUGACUUUUAUACAUGUCUAAAUUGAGAAACUUUUUUUUUAAAACCAAUCUUCUCAAUAGUGAUGGAAUAACAAUUGGCAGCUAACAUUCCACAUUGAUUUCUCAUCUGCUUUAGGCUAGAGAAAAUGAUGUACAGAUUUCCUGAUAUAUUAUUAUUAUUAUGAUAUUUAUAGAGUGCCGUCAAAUUCCGCAGCGCUUUACAAUGGGUGGACGGACAGACAUGUAGUUGUAACCAGACAAGUUGGACACACAGGAACAGAGGGGCUGAGGGCCCUGCUCAAUAAGCUAACAUGCUAGAGGGAGUGGGGUAAAAUGACACAAAAAGGUAAGGAUAGUAUUAGACUAAUGACAGUUGCAGAAGAGGAAUCAGGAGCUAUUAACAGUUUAAUUGAUACGCUUUUAUGAAUAAGUGGGUUUUUAACGAUUUUUUGAAGGAGUGGAGACUGGGUGAGCAUCUAACGGAGGAGGGAAGCGAGUUCCACAGGAACGGUGCAGCCCUCGAGAAAUCUUGAAGGCGAGCAUCAGAGGUGGGAGUACGGACAGAAGAUAGACGUUAGUCUUCAGCGGAUCGUAAGGGCCUAGACGGGACAUACUUGUGUAUAAGGGAGGCUAGAUUGGUGGGAGCAGCAUUAUGUAGAGAUUUGAAAGCAAGAACCAGAAUUUUAAAUUGAGCUCUAUAUUUUAUAGGAUGUAUAUGAUACAUAUACAUAAAACACUAUAUUUCUAUAACUAUUUUUGUAUUUUAAGAAGUAAAAUAUAUUAGCAUUCUUUAUAAUCCACGUUUAUCGCUUUGAACUUACUAGGCGGCAAGGAACAUAUUGUCUGCAAACCCCAAAAUAAAAUAUGUUGAACUGAUUAUUGGUCAAAUUUAUUUUAUUUUUUUUAUUAUUGUUUUAAAGAUAACAAUGAAUGGACCUAAGAAUAGCCAUUCUUUAACACUGUCCCCUACUCGAACUAUGGAGAUUGCCCAACAAAAAAAACACGGUUCUACCAAUUUAUGUAAUUACGCUCCCUCAAAAAAAAAAGGGACUCAAAUAUUACUUCUUCAAAGCAGAAUACUUUUAUUUAUAUAACUUAUUUGUCAAUAAAAGCUUUAUUCUCUGAUACAUCCUUGCCUUUACAUUGCACAGCAAUAGUCGAUGCUAUAAAGCAGCGUUUCCCCAAUUAGUGUUCCGCGUAACCCAAAAUUGGGGUUCCCCGGCGAUUUGCCCGUCGGGUGGCCCAAGCAUUUAGGGUCACCUGAUGGGUAUCGCUAAACAGGGGUCCGGUCAGGCGCCGCGUUCAUCUAAAACCUCGACUGGCCCCCUGUACUUUUGGAUGUCAUCACAAAUUUUCUAUAACUGGUUAUAUGGUCCUGUGAGGAAUCAUCAUUGUACAAAUAUGCGAAGGAAGAAAAUAGCCUGUGUCUUUGUACACAUACGCAGUACCCUUGCAUUCUCACCACAGGAUAAGAUGCUCCGAUUCACUCUGUUGCGUUCAAUCAAAACAGAGCAGUGUAAGCGAUCUCAGUGCUGACAGAGGCUAGACCAUUUACUCUCUAUUAGACAAUCAAAACAAUAGUGGGCUGGUGCAUGGUCCUGAGCUGCAAUCUGCCCAGAUAAGGCUACUACAGCAUCUCUGACAAAAUAUCAGUGAUGACAGGAUGAGCAGUAAAAGCAGGAGGAAAAACAAGGCUUUAAAGAUUCUAUACCCAGCGAAACAACAGCUGGUUUCUUUAUGGUCAUUGACCAUAUCUAAAGUAGAACCCAGUCGGUCUAUAACAAGUUGUCAGUUACAGCUGGAACAACAACUCCAGAUUCUCUAGAAGUAGCAGCAAAGAAAACAACACGCAAGACCUAAGACUAAAUAAUUGGAGAAGAGCAGGUAUAUAAACUAUAGAAGAUAUAACAACAGGACCCUGGGUUAAUUCGUUUGAACAAAUAUGUACUAAUUUUAGUCUCCCCGAAACGGAGAAAUUUAAUUACAUGAGGAUUAAAAGCUAUCUGAAUAAAACUUUAAAUAAAGAGAAAUGGGAAUUUAAUAAUAAAUUAGGAAAUUUACUGAAAGGAAAGGACAUGAAAAAUGUAUUAAAUAAGUGUAAUUUGGUAUUGAGACAACUAGAGGGUGACUUGACGUUUCCAGCGAUAAAAAAAAUGGGAGAAAGAUCUAAAAAAAAAAAAUCGAUGGCCAAGAUUGGAAUAGAGCAUGGCUGACAGUUGCUAGGCGCAUUUAAUGCCUAAAUUUAGUGGAACUACAUUUUAAGAUUAUUAACAGACUCUUUUUGGUUCCUAGCUGUCUAAAUAAAAUAGACCAGAGUAAAACAGAUAUAUGCUGGAGAUGUGAAGGGGGAGUGAGAGAUUGUCUACAUAUUUGGUGGAGUUGCCCCCCCACUUAAAGAAUUUUGGAAAAUGUUCUUGUCUAAAAUAGAAAUGGUAACCGGAUUUAAUUUUCCCCUUGCCCCGGAAAUGUGGAUAUUACACUUAAAUAUUUAUCAGUAUAAUGUAGAUUUGCAAUAUUUUCUUUCUCAUGCAUUAAUAGCAGCAAAGAUCUCCAUAGCUAAAAGGUGGAGGACCAAAACUCUACCAAAUUGGGAUAUAGUAAAAAACCUACUAAUUUCGCAACUUAGGAUGGAGGGAGGUCUGAACAGAAAUUUGAAGAAAAAAAAUCUAUUUCACAUAAAUACGUGGCUAGAAAAACUGUUGGCAGUAGACUAAUAUACAUAGAAGAGGAAGGGAAGAAAGAAAGGAAGAGAGAAAAGAAAGGGAAAGGAAAGGAAAAGGGAAAAGAAAGGGAAAGAAAAGGAAAGAAAAGAGAAAAGAAAAGAGAAAUGCUAGCUCAUAUAUUAGUACUAUGAAUAGCAAUGCAGAGAGACUAGAGAAGAGGGUUUCAUCAUCAUGUAUGAAUGUUGUGUAUGGCUAUUUCAUGUUUUAGCUUUUUUUUUUUUUUGUUAAUUAAUAAUAAUGUUUUUUCUAUAAAUUAAAGUCAUUUAAUAGGAAAAAGAGGAGAGAGAAAACAUUGAUGAUGACUAAUAUACCAAGCCUGAGAUGCAAAGUAGGAAAGAAUAUAAGAGGCUGGUAAUGUCUGAAAUAAAAAAGCAGCAGCAGCAAAGAAUAAAUGUGUAAUAAAUAACUUGAAGAUUGAUGUAAGGGGACAAGACACAACUGCACCUUUAUAUAAACGCAUAUUUAAAUAGAUGAUGGGGUAAAAAAAAAAAAAAAAAAAAAUCAAUAAACCAAUGUAAAUCAAUAUUUUGACAAAGCUCCUUUUCAGUUUUUGUUUUACUUCUGCACAUACCUGAGUAACUCCGUCUGUAUUGCGGGAAGCAUCUUUCUUUGAGAUAUCCUUGUCGCGGCUUGCUCAAUGUCUGAAGAAAAGAGCCAGCUUCUAUCAUUAGAACAAGGGGCAUCUACUAACACCUAAAACAGAAUAAUUGAGAUAUUUAACCCACAUGUUUGUUGCUGAUUUCCCUGUUACUCAAACAAAUAUGUUCACAAAAACAUAACCCUUACAUUGUAUUAUUUCAUUUAAACAUAAUUAAUACAACUUAUUUCUCAUUUAGGUGUUCACCACCCAAUAUUCAGUGCUUUCAGUCGGAUUGCUUAUUUAUGGAUUAGGUAUAUGAUUUAGCUAAAUGGUAACCCACCAGGUAUUGAUGAUGUCCAUCACUGUCCUAUACAUGAUGACUUUAGAAUUUAUUUAACUUCCACCAAACCAAAUCUGCUAGAAUGAAGCAGAUAUUGAAGAAAGGUGCUACAAAUAUACCUGGAACUUUAAGCUACUUAUGAUUGUUGUGUAUUUGACACUGCAUACUUUAUGGGUGUUCCUGCCCUUUGUAAGACUGAGCCCAGAUUUGGAAGAAGUAAGAUCUCUUGGGCAUUGAUCCAAAAUAAUUCUUAAAUUGAAUAACACAGGGCUUCAAGAUUGAAUUAUUUGAGUAUUCCAAAAAUUAGCAGUCACCAAUGGAAAAUGACAGCUGGAUCCACUGGUUUCCCUUGUGAUUGCCCCUUUUUAAUACUUUAGAUCACAUUUAGAAUGGAACAGAACGCUUUUUAGAUAAAUCUCCCCCACAGCCCUCAGUUGGUUUUGGAAGAUCAGUUUCUAUGACGCUUAAGCAGACACGCUAUUUUCAGUUCUGACAGAUGUUGAGCAUUAUGGAACUUGUAGUUCUAUCACAACUGGAAAGCGACCUUCUGCUUAAACCUAAUGUUAUUACAUUAUCUGAUCAAUCUAUAUUUGCAGCCCCAUCAUUUUGAAAAAUAUCCAGUCAUUCAACUAUAAAAACAAACCUUAUGAUACAUCUGAGGGCAAUGUUCUCCUAUUAACCUUCCAUCCAAUCCAAAAUUAGAGAUAAUAUUCAUGUGAGUUUUUGGAACGAAAGAUUCCAAUGUCUGUUUCAGUCUUCUUGAUCUAUGACUUUCUGGUUCAUUGCAAUGAAGACAACCUAAGGAAAAUAAAAUAAACAUUUAAAUAUAAAAAAAUUUCAAUGACGCAUUUUUAAAUAUAUUGCAUGAGUUGUUUUAAAGAUCAUUUACCAUUCAAUGGCCAGUGAAAGUCAUGACAAUAGGUCAUCAAAUUUAGUAGCCUACUUUAAAAAUCAGGAACACAAAGUUGAAGGGUUAAAAACCCAUUCUGUCACGUACCUCAGCCCAGUGCCGAUUGCCCUCAGUGCUGGCUUGGGUCCGCCUUUGCUCCUAAUGAGACCUAAUGCGCAUGCGUGGCAAUGGCCACGUUCGCAUUAGGAUUUUGCCAUAGGAAAGCAUUAUACUAUGCUUCCUAUGGGGAUUCGGGUGAUGCUGGACAUCGCCAUGCAUAACGCGAGGACGUUAAGUGUCAGUUAGGCGACCAAAAGUCGUCUAACAGCUUGGAAGUCCCUCUAGUGGCUGUCUGGUAGACAGCCAGUAGAGGUGGAGUUAACCAAGCAAGCUAAUUACUGCAAUAAUUAGCUUUGCAGGUUUAAGGGUGCUGGGACAGUGCACCCAGACCACUUCACUGAGCUGAAGUUGUCUGGGUACCUACAAGUGUAAUACAGACUCCAUCAUACCUCACAUUUCUCUGUCCACUUUUGUCCUCCUCAUCCAGCCUGGUCACAAUGGUUCACUUUUCAUUCUCUUUAUAUGCUUGUCUUUUCAACAUAAAACAUUUACUUUUCAGAUUUAUCAAUUCUUAUAAAACAGCAUUAUUACACCCCUGCCUUUUAAUCUACUGGCGUUCUAUUUUCUAUAAUCUACCGAUGUUCUAUUUUCAAAUGUAAAUUCACAUACAACUUCACAUCGUUCUUCUUAUUCAUCUCACGCCACAUCCAAACGCCACCCUAUACACUAUUAGUUCUGCUUAUUCUCUCUCGAAGCUCCUACAACUGGAACAAACUAGUAUGCAGAUAUGUGAACGAACAGCACGAAAAAAAAAUGCUUAUAAAAACAGAAGAUGAUGUGAAAAGGAAAAUGCUGAUUCCUGAUGCUCAGGGAAGUGGUUAUAUCUCUUCUAGCUCAUUUCACAGUAAUAUCCUACUAAGCAGUUCUGCUCUGACACAAUGUGGCAUUAAUCAUAGCUGGAAAGGAGCUCUUCACAAGCAGUUAUCAGAAGACUAUGAGAGCAAUGAUUCUGACAAGUGACUUGAUCUUGGCAGCUAGAUAAGCACUAUUGUUUCUCCUGUGUGUGAAUGACAGCACUAUCAACUCACAAAAAUAGCAUUUUUUAUAAAAUCAUACAAAGCACUGGAGAUAACAUGGAUUUUUCUCCCAUCUCUGUGACACUAAGGAAGGAAAAAAAUAAUAAUACUAUAUAUGAGAGGGAUAAUCGAAGCACCAAAACAACUUUAGUUUAAUUAAGUGGUUUUGGUGUCUAAGUCAUGCCCCUGCCCUUUCACAGCUCAAUUACCUGCCAUUUAGAAGUUAAAGGGAUUCUAUAGUGCCUGGGAAACAAAGCGGUUUUCCUGGCACUACAGGUUCCUAAAGUGCCCCCCUCCUCGCAUCCCCCUGCCGCAGUGCUGAAGGGGUCAAAACCCCUUCAGUCACUUACCUGAAUCCAGCGCUGAUGUCUCUCUCCUCCCUGGGUCAGGCUUCAACCACUCUCCUCGCUCGCCGUCUUCCAGCAGGGAAGACCUAAUGCACAUGCGCUGCAAUGGCCAAGGAUUCCAGUGAUGCUGGAAGUCCUCAUGCAUAGCGUUAGGAUGUCCAGCGUCGUUUAGACGACCAAACGUCUUCUAAGCACCCGGAAGUCCCUCUAGUGGCUGUCUGGCAGACAGCCUCUAGAAAUGGAGUUAACCCUGAGAGGUAAUUAUUGCAGUUAAUUAUGACUGUAGGGUUAAGGAACAUGGGACAUUGCACUCUGACCACUUCAAUGAGUUGAAGUGGUCUGGGUGCCUAUAGUGUCCCUUUAAAGGAACACUAUGGCAUUAGGAACACAAACAAGUCUAUAGUGUUAGAUUAUUGCCACGCAUCUAAAUGAAGUAAGUAAAUUUAUCAAAACUGACUUACCUUUCUAUGAAAAGGCAGUGUUUACAAUGCUCAGCCUCCACGAACAGGCUAUAUAUCCCAGAACCACUACAAUAAACUGUAGUGGUUAGGGUAGAUUUGAUUUAAAUUAAGUCAAUUGAUAUCAUGAUUUAAAUCACUAGUCAGCCAAGACUCGAUUUAAAUCGUGAUUUUGCUGAUUGUUAUAAUCUUUAUUAUUUGCAACCAGAUAAAGAUUCCCUAUUUAGAAUAAUACAUUUUCAAAUUAGUUUUACAUAUGAGAAGUUCUGUAAUAUCAGAUGAACCAGAUCUUACAACACAGUGUGCUUAUUCUAGACAUUCUUAACUCUGGCUUUGUUAAUCUGAACUUUAAUCACACAGGAGGCUCCUGGAGACUCUAGCAGGCUUUUAACAUAACAGGAGAUACAACAUUCUAAAUUGAACACACUGUGCAAUAAAGGAAGUUUAAACAUGAGGUCUUUCUUUACAGGAAAUGUGUAGGUAGGGUGUGUAGUUCACAUGCAGGCUAUAUAAAUGCUUGUUAAAAUGCAUACACAUUGUUUAAAUUAAUCCUGUGCUGCAGAUGUUCAAGCUUGGCAAUAUGACACAAAAUUAUCUGGGAUGGGACUAGAUUAGUGAGAGUUGCACAGACAAGAUUGCCUUAAAGCUUAUAUCUGGAAUGGAUCUGCACCAUCGACAGUUGCACAGACAAGACAGCCUUAUAGCCUCAGGGAUAAGAUACACAAAAACAGCUCUCCAAUAUUUAAGAGUAAUGAUAUCUCUGCUUGACUGUUAUAGUCUUUGUAAAAGCUACACAUUCCCAGAACUCAGUCUGAGUAAAUAAGAUACAUUGUUUUAAGUUACAUUAUUAGUAAGUCACCUAAAAUCUAAUCAAGCAUUGAUGUGUUCCUCUUUGUCUGGGUGCAGCGAACUUUUCCCCUAACCCUAAACUGUACAACAUUGUAGUUUUUGAAAAACUGCAAUGUUUAAGACUGCUUCAAGACAGCCACUAGAGGUGCUUUCUGCAUUUUCACAGGGUUUAACUCUGCGAACUGAAGCUGGACGUCCUCAUGCUUUGCACUGAUUCAAUGCUCUCUUAUGCAGAGGGCUUAAUGCGCACAGGCACUCGCCACCAUUAGGUUUCCCCAUCUCCAUGAUAUUGCGGGAGAAGAAACCCGAUCCAGCACAGAGGUAAGUAAAAAUAAACAUAUAUUUUUUUUUUUAUCCUUUUUUGACAGGGGGUGGGGAGUUUUGUAUUCCUAACACUAUAGUGUUUCUUUAAAGAGAUGGUUACGUAGAGAUGGAACAAUACUCAAGUCUAUCAAGUUUAUAAUUUAAAUCUGGUCUGCCUAGUGCAAUACACAGGGAUGAGGGAGUCCGACUCGAAGUGAAUAGCUCAAUACUGAACCAGGACAGGGAUACACCCAAACCUGUCCAAAAGGAUAAGAGACAGUAGUACCUUCAGGGUAGUGUGUUCAGGAACUGGUUCACUGUAAUAUGGCUUUAGUUGGUAGUAUAAUAAUUAUAUCUGUAUCUAAAAUAACCAAUGGUGGUGGAGAAAAUAUGUAUGGUGUGUAUACCUUUAAAUCUGCUAGAGGCAGAUUUUAUCUGUUACACACCAAAUACUCUGCUUAAAUAUAAAGCAGCUAAAUAAUUACAGAGUAACAACAACAAAAAAUGUAAUCUGUAUAGAGUUAGAAUGUACAAAUUAUUGUAGUGUAUAUAUCUUUAAAUCAUAUAGUCGCACACUAAAUGGUGCAAAUGGGCAAUAUAUAAUUUACACCACAAAGAUAUAGAAUUAGCUAAAUCUCUUAUUAUAAAAGAUAAAUAUGAAUAAAAAUUCCAAAAGGCCACUGUAAAAUAGAAUCAAAUUGUAUAUUUAUUAUUAAAAAAUGGAUAAAUGAAAAAUGUAUAAAAAUAAUAAAUAGAAAAUACAAAUUGCAAAAAAUGUGAGCCAGGAACGAUUUACAAGUCAUUAGUCAGCAUAAAUAAUGAACUUGUAUCCUGAUAACCACUGUAACCGAUGAACUAUCAAGUUUAGUCUUUCAAAUACCUGUAUUAUUGAUGUAGAUCCAAAAGAAGGCAAAAAACAUUGAAGAGAUUUCCACUUUUGUCAAAAAAUCCUUCUACUCCAUUUUUACGGUAAGAUUUCUCUUUGGAUCAACAAAGGAACUCAUAACACUUUCACCCUUAUCUCACCGUGCUUUUGAUGUGUGCAAUUUAUUAUUACAAUAGAUCAGGGUGUCCGUAAGCAAUCUAAUCCAAAUUUCAUGCCAAACAUGACAAUUUCUCAAAACCAUAGCAAUAAGCAAUAGCAAUAAUAGCAAUAAAGGGAUCUUCUCCCAAGGAAGUACACCCACAUUAAAAAUUUAAUAAUAUUAAAAAACAAAAGUAGUCUCUUCCUAAACCCAUUUCCCCAUAGAUAAGAAGAGAAGACUUCCUUAAACAUAAUACUGAAGGGUUCUCUGCAGUAUAUAUAUUUUGGAUCUGUCCCAAUAAAGCAUUUUGGUGGCUCUAUGGUAUGUCAGAGGGCAUUCGGCAUUUCCCUUCAUGUUAGACUUAGCCUUUCCUGUAUAAUGGAGGCAGCAUGAUCUGGUUGCAGCUGAAACAGUACGUUUAGAAUAUAAGUAGCCUUGCUGCAACAGUACAAAUACCGGUAAUAAGAGCAAGAAAGAAAUAAAACACAGAAAAUAUCUACAAGUUACGCUUUUUAAUUUGCAUUAUCAUGUUUAUCUAGAGCAGGGUUCUCCAAACUCUGGCCCUCCAGAUGUUCCUGAACUACAACUCCCAUGGCUAUUUCAUGCAAAGAAUCAUGGGAGUUGAAGUUCAGCAACAUUUGGAGAGUCAGUAUUUGGAAAACCCUGAGCUAGAGAGUAAUAUUAUGUCUGAUGUGGUUCACCAUACUGUGAGGGAAAAAAGUAUUUGAUCCCCUGCUGAUUUUGAACGGUUGCCCACGGACAAAGAAAUGAUCAGUCUAUAAUUCUAAUGGUAGGUGUAUUUUAACAGUGAGAGACAGAAUAACAAAAAUCCAGAAAAAUGCAUGUCAAAAAAGUUAUAAAUUGAUUGCAUGUCAAUGAGUGAAAUAAGUAUUUGACCCCUUUGACUUAGUACUGACACACACACUGACGUACAUACAUACUCACAUACUGACACACACAUACAGACAUGCAUACUGACAGAUAUACAUACAAACUGACAUACAGACACAUACAUACUGACAUACAUAAUGGCAUACAUACACAAACAUACAGACAUACAUGCAUACACACACACAGAUAGAUAUAUAUAUACAUACAGACAUACACGCACACAGAUAGAUUAUAUAUACACAUACAUACAUACUGACACACACGCAUACUGACAUAUAUACAUACAUAGAUAGAUACACAUACACACACACAUACACACUGACAAACAGACAUACAUACAUGCAGACGCAUACAUAUAUAAACACACCUCAUGUUUCAGCCAUCCUCCUCUUCGUUACCUUUUCAUUGCAGGAGGGUGGCUGGGAAUGAUGGGAGCGGAUGCCUCUCCUCUCCUCGGCUGUCUCUCCCCCCGCACGGAGUAAGUUGGGAGGAAGUGGCCGGCCGUCACUUCCUCCCAGCAGCACUUGCGGUGCAACCACAAUUUUUUUAAAAGGGGCACGGUCUCGCUAUUACAUGGCUGCAGCGCUGACUGGGCCCCUGAAGAUAUAGGGCUCAUCGGGUGGCCCUAAAUGCUUGGGCCACCUGAUGGACCCCGGUGCAGAUACACCUGCAGCAGUUUCACCGCUCCACGUGAUGGUUGUCACCCCCCUAAUGGCGACCCUGUCCUCCUGUUUAGUUGUGGGCUGAUUUCUUACCGUUGAUCAUUGAAACUUCACGAGGCGCAUGGAGCGCUAGACCGAGGGAGACUGACAGUUAUUUUGUGUUUCUUCCAUUUGCGAAUAAUCGCACCAACUGUUGUCACCUUGUUACCAAGCUGAUUGGCGAUGGUCUUGUAGCCCAUUCCAGCCUUGUGUAGGUCUAAAAUCUUGUCCCUGACAUCCCUUUGGUCUUGGCCAUGGUGGAGAGUUUGGAAUCUUUAUACAGGUAACGAGCUGAGAUUAGGACCACUCCCUUUAAGAUAGUGAUCCCAAUCUCAGCUCGUUACCUGUAUAAGAGACAUCUGGGAGCCAGAAAUUAGCUGAUUGAUAGGGGAUCAAAUAUUUAUUUCACUCAUUGACAUGCAAAACAAUUUAUAACUUUUUAAAUUAUACACUGCUCAUUUCUGUCAGUGGACAAAUGUUCAAAAUCAGCAGAGGAUCAAAUACUUUUUCCCCUCACUGUAUAUAAUGACAUGUUAGAGCAUGUUACCUGGUAAUGCAGACUGCAGAAGUGCUACGGACUUCCCUCCAGGGGCAGCACACAUAUCUAGCACCCUUUCCCCAUCUUUGACAUCUAGGGCCAACACAGGAAGGAGCGAAGAGGCGUUUAAUAUGUAAUAAUCUUUAAGUUUGCCAGUCUGAUGCCGCUGAGAAGGAAAUUUGCCAGGGUUUUUAUUAACGUAACACUUUAAUGCCUCUGUGCGCUGUGAUAAGACUUUUUUAAACAGUAAGCGAUAGCCCUUGAAGUGUAGCUGUUUCUCUAGUUCCCAGGGGGAUGCAAAAUUGUUCAGCAUGACAGCAUAUUGCCAGAUUUCAGGAGUCGUAAGAAUUUCCCUAAAGAUAAUAAAUAAAAGAUUUCAGUGCACAAAAUAUUUGAUCUUUUUCCGUUUCCAGCUACUAAGGUAAAUGACUGUUAGAUAGCAAUUUGACAGAACUAGGUCUGUUUUGGUACCGUAAUAACUUUUGUAAGACGUAGACAUUAAACAUAUACAAACAAUAUAUUCUUUAUAUAGUUUGUCACUUACAAGUUUAGUGAGAAAGGUUUAUUGCACAAUAAUCUGAUUUGAAGAUAAAUAUUCCUUAAAUGCCAAUCAGUAAACACGCCUUUUCUUUUCUUCCCAUAUUCUUGCUAUGCCUAUAGAUAUGGGUUGAUUAGUUAUGGUACGCUGAUCCUACGCUGCCCAGAUGGCAAAUUCAUGCUAGAAGCCACUUUGCCAUACAACCCCAGUGUUUAUAUAUAUAUAUAUAUAUAUAUAUAUAUAUAUAUAUAUCUCAUGUGCCCUAUCUAGGCACAAUCAUGCCACAAGGUUUUAUUUUAUGCUCUAGCUGCAAAAGUUGGCCAAGGUUUAUCGUGUUUUCCAUUUAAAGCCAGUAAAACAGCACCUAUGCAAAGAUGACCCCUAAGUUUACCAGUUGCAGUCUGACCUAAACAUCUCUCUCCUUGAGAAGAUGACAAUGGAACAAGGGGUGUAUACUGUUUUUAGUCUUCAGAUUUAUGCAGACCCCUGUUCUUAAGCUCUUUUUUGCAGACUUACAGGGUUUACAAUAUUUCACAAUUUCAGAAUGAUCCUCGAAGUACCUGUGCAUUGAGCAGCAAGCUGGUGUCUGUAAGCUUUGCUCUGGGGUUGGUAGUUAUGAGUAGGCGAUCCAGGAUGUUGUUAAGAAAGUGUCCAUAGAUUGGGAAACACGCUCAGCCUGUACAACAAUUCUAUCAUUAUUCUUGUCUGUAUUUUAAUUUGUUAGAAUAAAAAGUAUUUUAUAUGCAUCACACAGCGUAGUUCUGACUUGAACCUGAGAAGAAACAACGUAAAGGCCAUUGGUAUUGUAGGAAUUUUGAAUUCAAGUCACAGUGUUGUUGUUGCUAUUGUUUAUUCUAUCAAAUUCCCUACCCUCGUCACAUCGGGUGACAUGGCCGCACCGGAAGUGAGGCUGAAACAGCUGGAUGUCAGCUUACCCAUGUAGGAUGCCUGUACCCCACCAAGAGUGGGGUAUGGGAUCCUUACAGGGAGGUGUGUGUGUUUUUACAGCAUAUGCUAAGAUUAUGUUAUGUUGAUUGUGCGCAUGCACCAGAGGGGACCUGUCUGGGGGCAUAUGCACAUGACUUCACUGAUGAGGUAGUGCGCAUGCGCCAACACCAGUUGUGCAGGACACAUUUGCAGUACAGGGUAGGGUAUUCUGACGCUGCUACAGCACAUAGCUACCCAAGAAGUGCACUGCCCAGCUUCAAAAGCAAUGUAAAGGUAAAAUGCAUUUGUUCCUUGUCAGUCUAUCACACCAUGGGCACAUAUUUAUCAUCCAGAAAAAAAAAGGCUUGUGCACGAGAAUGGAGAGUGUAAAAAGAGAACAGGUAACAGUGAUGAGGGCAUGGAUGUGAGUGUACUUUCUAAUUACAAAUGAUCUGGAGGAAUGUGUACACUUCUGAAAACCUUUGUAAGGAAUAAUCUGAAUUUUAUAUUAAGUCAUGGACGACACAGAAAGCCAAUGGAAGCAUUAAAGGGACAAUCAAGCACCGUAAAAACUUUGCCGGAAUGACAUGUUAUGGUGCAAGAAAGUCCCAUGCUCUUUUAUCUCCAGGGGUUAAACCGUUAAACAAAGUCUUCAGUCCAGUGCCGUCAACCCUGCCUCAAGUAGAAGAGGGAAGUUCUACUUUGGGGAAUCUGUAUUUUUGACAGACAUCUUUAGAAGAAGAGAUGUAGGAAAAAAGACGCUAAGUUGAUCCCAAAACUGAUUGUGGCCUUGCUGCCAAAUAUCCAGUGCUUAUUGAAUAUGUAUUUGUGUAAUGACUACAUUGACAGUUACACAUUAAUCGUACCUGACACUGGUCCAAGUUUUUCCCAGUUCUUUUGUAUAUAUUUUCUCAAAGUAAUUAAGCACUAAUUGGCAAACUUGCUUCUGUAGUCUUCCCAUCUAUUUCUCCCUGUGUGGCAUUGUAACAGAAUAAAAAUAAAAAUAAAUUUUGCUUCCACAAUUUAUAUUAUAAGCAGCUAUAUAUUUGUUGAACACUGCGAAAACACAUGAAUGUUAUUGGACUAAAUGGAAAAAAAUACCAAACUGACUUAACUCAAAGGUUUAUCAUGGAUCAGUGCUUAUAUUUGAUUCAGCAGCAGAACUACCAGCUGCACCGGGACCCACACGCUAAGGGAGCCAAUUGGGUGGCCCGAGCAGUUAGGGCCACCCGAUUGAUGCAUGUCCUUUAUGCAUGUGUAUCUGUGUGAGUGUCUAUCUUUCUAUCUGCAUGUGGGUAUAUCUGUGUGUCUGUGUAUAUGCAUGUGUGCCUGCAUGAGUAACUGUGUAUCUGCAUGUGUGUCAGGGUGUGCCCCUGUCUAACUGUAUGUGUCUUUGUACCUGUAGGAGUGUCAUUCUGUGUAUCUGAAUGUGCGUCAUUCUGUGUGUCAAAAUAUCUGCAUGUGUGUCAGUGUGUGCCCCAGUGUAUCUGUGCAUCUGUAUGAGUGUCAUUCUGUUUAUCUGUAUGACUGUAUCUUAAUGUGCGUCAGUGUGUGUCUAUGUAUCUGCAUUUGUAAAUCUGUGCGUCUGUGAAUCUCUAUAUAUGUCAGUGUGUAUCUGGAUGUGUGUCAGUGGGUGCACCUGUGUAUAUCUGGAUGUGCGUCAAUUUGUAUAUCUGUGCAUACAUCUCAGCAUUCAAAUAUCAACACUACAUACAGACACAUCCCUACAUUCAAACACUACACACAAGUAAAUCACAAAUAUAAAACAACCUGCAAAUUCUCUUCUCCUGCUAAUGUCCACUGUUGUCAUUACAAAGGUUAUGCAUAUACCAUAAGCGUAUGUGCUUUGUGACUUUUAAAGAAGCAGUCACCAAAAAAUGUGAGCAUUUCAUUAAGUUUUUUCAAAAAUGCUCAGUAAGACAAAAGAUAUCUUAAGACAAAAUAAUUUGUCUUAUGGUAAAAGCAUAACAUGAAAAGAGGCAGACCUAAGUUGUGUUACUUCCCCCAAACAUCGCUAGAGUUGGCUGUGGGAAUAAGGCAUUAUCUCACGCUUUUCAGUGCAAUCUGCAAGUUCCUAGUGGCCUGAACAUAGCGCAAGCACAUCUAUUGAUGCAGUCAUGUUUUUGGGGACAUUUCCCUGGCUCCUGGAGGAAAACGCAGUAGGAGCUAAAUAUUGAGGGUGGCACCACAGGGAACAUCAUCAAGUUUAUUAGUUACUCACCUCUGCUGCACCCCCAGACCACCACUGCCAAAAUAUGCAAAUACCUCACAAGGUAACAGAGCCACUUUGAAGUUUGUUUUUUAUUUGAAGUUUUAAAAGAUACAUAUUUCAAUGGGCAUAAAAUUAGAAUUUGUGAAUAACCAGCACAAUUUCUAAUAGAAAAAUAAUUCCCUUUCCCAUUCACUCCUCCCCGAAAUAGGAAGCCAGUAUUAAAGGGACUCUCCAGUGCCAGGAAAACAUAUCCGUUUUCCUGAUACUGCAGGUUCAUGCAGUGCCCCUCUCCCUCCCUCCCAUAUUGCUGAAGGGGUUAAAACCCCUUCAGUGAAGUACCUAAAUCCAGUGCCGAUGUUCCUCGGCGCUGGCUCAGGAGGAGGAGACCUAACGCGUAUUUAAAGGACCACUAUAGUGCCAGGAAGACAUACUCGUUAGGGUCCCCCUCCCGCCGGGCUCUAGGGGGAGGAAGGGGUUAAACUUACCUCUUUCUCCAGCGCCGGGCUGGGAGCUCUGCUCCUCCUCUCCGGCUGAAUGUGCAGCAGGAGCCGCACGCGCAUUCAACCAGUCCAUAGGAAAGCAUUCACAAUGCUUUCCUAUGGACGCUGGCAUCUUCUCACUGUGAUUUUCACAGUGAGAAACACAGAAGCCCUUUAGCAGCUGUCAAUGAGACAGCCACUAGAGGCUGGAUUAACAAUAACAUAGCAGUUUCUCUCAAACUGCUAUGUUUAUAGAAAAAAGGGUUAACCCUAGAUGGACCAGGCACCCAGACCACCUCAUUAAGAUGAAGAUUGUUGUUUUGUGGGGGGGAGUACUGGGUUAAACAGCAAGAAACACACAUGAGACAAACACACAGAAUAUUGUUGUUUUGUGUUUCUCCAUAUAUGUCCGGAUAUAUGACCUUUAUUACACUCAUACAGACAGUUUGCUAUUAAUUCAGUGUCAGGUCAUUUUAAUAAAUUCAAUCUUUUAAUAAAAUGAUUAGAGUAAGGAAUAACGGUUGCAUGCAUGCUUACUCACCCACAGCUCUGUAGCAAGCAUGGGACGACCUACUGUGCACUAACAGAUAAAUAAUAAAAAAAAAUGGCAGCAUCCAUAGGCAACGUGCAAUGCAACACAAACACUUCCGGGUGACGGAGAUCGUCAUGGCAACCGCCCCAGCCGCUCCUAGCGUACAGCAUUGGUCCUUCGCGCUCAUUGGCUGCGCUUCACCACGUGACUCAGUCAGAGUCUCUCUCUCUGUGUGGGAGCCUUUUUUCAUUGAAGGCAAUGAUAGGGUUAACAUUCUCGCCUGGCUCCUUAACCUCUUGAGUUCCAGAAUGACCUUGGAUUAGCCCCAUAUCCUGAUACCUUAUUAUGGUUUUAUUUAUUUUAUUUGCUAGGGAUCAUUGUGCUGUACAUGGAAAGAUAGAGCUCACAUGGCGCAACAGAGGGUCUUAAAACACCUUGUGAUUGGUUUCAUGGAAUCACUGGCUAGGGAAAUGAUUAGAUUGCAGGGAGGUGACUCUAGAACAGGUCACUAUGGUGAUAGGCAAAGAUUUGGGUGUAAUUUUGUAUUACAGUAACCCCUUAAAGGGACUCUAUAGGCACCCAGACACCUUAAUCUGUGGGCACAGUGCCCCUGUCCCCAUAGCAUUGCCUGACUUUCAGACACCUGCUUUUUCAUGGAAUUUAACUCUGUAAAGCAACGUCUUCAAAAUCCCCAUAAAGAAUCAUUGAUUCAGUAGUUUUCUACGGGGAAGAUCUGAUGCGUGCCGCACUUUCUGCUCAUGCACAUUAGCUUUUCCCCAUGGGCCUGACGUCACUCGGGGGUGGCACAGUUUUUAACCCUUUAAUCGGUGGGGAGCCACAGAGGCAGUGGGACGUGAUAAAGUUGGGAAUACAGUUUUGUAUUCCUAAUGCUAUAGGGUUCCUUUAAGGACCAAGAUUCAGUUUGCUUGUUUUGUACUUAAUGUGGAUCCGUCACUCUUCAGUAUACUCUUUAUGAAACACUGAUAAAGAAUGUCUUAGAAUUUCAUUGAAAUUCCAACGCCUUCCAAAGAUUCCACAAGAUUUUAUGGGCAAGCUUGAGAUUGACAAAAGUUGCCAAAAUGCAGAGUUCUGACGUUCUCUUUUGUCCAGUCCCAGAAGCCGUCACAAAUGAUGACUGUGGGAUUCAGGCUCCGUCUAUGGUGCAUCCUGCGAUAUCACGGGAUCCUCCUUAGACUUCAGUGUUGCACUUUUGCGCAUAGUACAGCACUGACUUGGCUUGAGGUGAGUAAAACUUACCUUCCCCUGCACUCCAUGGCCACCCGGACCCACACCAGUUCUGUCACCUUUGGGAUUCUAUGUAAAAUAUGCAAAGAUCCCCAAAUGUGACAGUUCCAUUUUAAGGACCAAUGCAAUUUUUGCGUUUUUGCUGUGUGUGUUCAACAACAAUUAAAGGACCACUAUAGGCACCCAGACCACUUCAACUUAAUGAAGUAGUCUGGGUGCCAGGUCCAGCUAGGAUUAACCCUUUCUUCUAUAAACAUAGCAGUUUCAGAGAAACUGCUAUGUUUAUAAUAUGGUUAAUCCAGCCUCUAGUGGCUGUCUCAUUGACAGCCGCUUCUCACUGGCUCACUGGCUGAUUUUCACAGCCGCUUCUCACUGGCUGAUUGCACGCGCGGUUCAGCCGAUGCCGACGAGAAGGAGGAGAGUCCCCCGCCCAGGGCUGGAAAAAGAGGUAAAUUUAACCCCUUCCACCCCCUAGAGCCCGGCAGGAGGGGGGCCCUGAGGGUGGGGGCACGAGUAUGUUUUCCUGGCACUAUAGUGGUCCUUUAACAUAUUUUUUACACCAGCACAAAUUAUAUGCUGUUUUAAAGGACAAUAGGAGCUUUAAUUUGAUGUGACAUAAAAUUUUAUUUAUAUUUUUGCACUUAUAAAUUCUUUAAAUAUUUUUUUCACAGUUUUGGCAAUAAUAUUGUGCACAAAAUUAGUGCAUAUUAAAAAAAAAAAAAAAAAAACGAAUUCUAAAUAAAAUUAAUUUGUCCUGAUUUACAGAGUACAUCGUAUGUCAAGGAUUUCAAUCGAUUUUUGGUAGUUACUAUUAACAUGUAUGCAGUGGUGUAUUUUGGAUUUGUGCUGCCCUAGGCACGACUAAAUUCGGGCACCCCCAAAAUCUAAAUUUGUCCCCCCAAUUCGUGUCAAGGCCAUUUUUUGGACUGACAGACACAUGCCCUCAUUGAUACAUGCAUUCACUGACAGAUACACAGUCAUUGGCACACACUGUUUAACCAACACACACUUUCACUGACAGGCACACACUGACACACCCACUCACUGACAGGCACACACUCUCAGAUACACAUAAAAUGACAUACACACACUGUCACACACAUUCUCACUCACAGACACACACUGACAGCUACACUCACUCACUCACAGUAAGGUGGACAGCCCCAGAACACAAGGCAAACAAGGCAUUUGCCUGGGAGCUUGGGGUGCAAUUUUUUGGCGCCACCCCUGAAAGUGCCGCCCUAGGCAAAUGCCUUGUUUGCCUUGUGGUAAAUACAUCCCUGCAUGUAUGUGAGAUGUGAUAAGGAAAGCAUGAUGGAUCUCGCAAAUCCAAUUAUCAACGGUUCCUAGUUCAACAAUCCUAGUUUUGAAAAGCAGAAAUAAUUUAUACUGGAGAGAAAAAAAAAAAAUUACAGACAAAAAAAGUCAAAUCAAACAUGUAUACCUCUUAAUAAGGAUAAUAAAGGGGAUACAAGUAAAUAUAUACACAGUACAGAUUUUUUUUUUUUUUUUCUUCUUGAUUCACUAAAGUCUGAAAUUUAGCACAUUGAGUCCAGACUGCAAAAUCUAAUGCUAAAAUGUCACAGCUUGGCUAUUUUGGAACAGACCUGAAAGGCUUACUCUAAGCAUCAUGACCACUACAGUACGCUGUAGUGGAUAUGGUGCUAGGAGUACCCUGGUCUGACUCCCGUGUAAUAGGUCAAACCAUUUAAUAAUGGUUUGCCCUCUUAACUGGGUAAUUCCAGCCGGGCAGAGAUUCCUCUCCUCCUCAGUGACUCACUUUUGGUUUCCAGAGUGCUGCAGAAGCCAGAGCAGGUGCCAUAAAUUGGCACAAUGACCAGGUGGUGAUGGUGCUUAGAGUAACCCUUUAAAGAAUAUGGUCAUUACACAGGAGGUCACAGAGUUCAUGUGUUUUAUGGAGAAAGUGGCAAUGACUCUUUGCUUAUCUACUGAAUACUGGUUGCUCAAAGGAGGAAGGAAGUCAUGCUACAUGUGAUAAAAUGGGGAAGAAAUAUUAAAGGGUCACCUAAACUUUUGCUUCUAAUUUUCCAUUGAAUUUUUUUUCUUCAAUUUACUAAAUAUGUCAUGUUUAUUAAUAUGCUGCAUUUCAGUCUUUCAACCACUUUUUUUUUUCUAAUAUAAAUUAACUCUCUUUUUUCCACCACUCUCAAUUUGAUGAUCCUCUGAAAAUUGAAGGAUUUAUGAAAAGAGUCACAUUUUAGAUCACACUUUAGAGGAGCACUAUAGUCAAAAUCUGAAAACUAUUAUUCCAGGUCCCCAAGCCUUCUUCUUUACUUUUAGAUUAAUUGCCCCCCAAACAUUUUUUAACAGUCACUUGCAUGAAAUCAUUUAGUCUAUGAAAAAUUUAAUUUGAUACAUUUGUACAUGCUUUCCCCCCCCCCAUUUGUUCCUGGCAAUUUAGACAAAUGUAGUCACAUAUUGCUUUUUGAUAUAUGCAGUAGGAAUUGAAGGCAAAAUUAUUCUGAGAAAAAUACAUAACGAGAUAUCUGGAUGAAAUUCAGUAUUUUCAUAGGGAACCCCCAUAGUAGAUCAUAGAAUCCCUUAAUAAGCAAGCUGGAGCAUAGACUAGAUUGCUGCUUCUCUCUCAUCCCAUAUGUGGGCUAUCGUGAUUACAAAUAUAUAAAUAUCUAUAUAUGGACCUCUCUGGCAUGGUUACCUGUAACUGUAUGUGGUAGGUGGAGGAGAGCAGAAACAAAUAUUCUCAGUAACCCCCUAGUUAACCUUUUAUUAGUUUAUGCCAUGUUUAACACAGUGAGGGAGUUUAAGCAUGUGUGGGAUAGGCAUAAGGCUAUCUUAGACCUAAAAUAAGGGCAGGGACUAAUUAAAAGUAUUUUGAAAUAUUGAGCAGACUAGAUGGGCCGAAUGGUUCUUAUCUGCCGUAACAUUCUAUGUUUAGCUGAUUGGCUGAGAGUGAUCCGCCUCACACUGCUUAGAAGCUUUAGCUCGCUGACGGGUGUAGUGUAGACGGGGAGCGAUGUCUGGCAGACUCCAUGUAAGAAGUCAAACCAUUCUUAAAUGGUUUGACUACUUGCAAUCGGUGGGUGCCAUAAAUACAUCAGCAAAUUUUAGUGGUUAUGGUGUUUGGAGUGUUCAAUUAACUAACACUGCUUUCUACUCAUGCACUCAGACCACAAGGCAUAAGAAAGGUCCGGUACUCCUUAAUUUAUAAGAUCCUUUUUAUUACACCUAGAAACCAACAGCAACGAUCAACCAGUAAAUGGUCUUUAUCAGGCCUAAAUUGAAAGGAAGUUUUAUUUUCGUAUAAAAACCAAUCAGGUAGACAUAAAAUUGGAUGCACCAUAACACAAAAAAAAAAACCCUGUACAGAUUUAUAAAAAAAUAAAUAAAAUAAAAAAAGACACUGCACAAAGCCAUUUCACAAUAUAAUUUAUUACAUAUUUUAGGCUUAGCAAUAUUUUGUUAAAAAAUAUAUACAAUUAUUAUUUACAAUGCAUUUGUAGGCAAUAAUAUAGCCUAAAAUAAAAGGAUAUUAAAAAAUUAAUUUUGGUUUCUUCCUAAAAUAGUGACUGUGUAUAAAAGGCUUAUUUGCAUGGGGUAAUUCUAAAGAGUAACAGAAGAGGCAGAACAGAUUGACCACAGGUUUUGUGCUUUUCCUUCCUUACUCUUCACCCGGGAUCCCCAUUUCCUUAUUUUUGUAAAGAUGGCUAAAAAAUAUUUAGUACUAUAAGUAACUACCAGCAUGUGCAUAACCCAAUUUUCCUUUGUAAUUCCAGAAUAUACCCUGUUCUUAGGGUAUAGAAAAGACUUCUGAAGGACAGAGAUAUAGUGCUUUAUUAAAAAUAUCCAAUAUACUUCUUGCUAUGAAUUUUCACCACACAGGGAAAUGCCUACAAGAAGCUGGUAAUCUCUAUCAAAUAAAAAUAUUUAUUGAAGAAGGAAAAACAACUUCAAAGAUUUCACUUUGUUAGAGUAACUGUGGAUUCAAUAACGAGCAAGGAAAGAGCUGACUACAGAUUUGGUCAGUAUGUACUGUCCUCUGAACAAGAAGGAUCAUGAUUUCUACAUGUAAAUAACUGCUUUGUAGACAGUCACUAUGCUAAUAAGAAAACAAAAUAUACAGUUAUUUCUUUAUGAACCGUGAGGACCAACACCGCACUAAGUGAGGACUCUUCUUGUGCCAUCACCCCAUUUAAAAAGUUUCAUAUAUACAAUGUUAAAAUAAUCUGCAGGUUUGACCCCCUACAUGUUAUUACAAAAGUAUCUUUACAUCUGUAGAAAUACAUAAUGUGUCCACCCAAUUGUAGGAUACAAACCUAAAAUACAAAUAGUGGUAAGAAUACUGGGUUAAAAAUUGAACUCCUCUAAAAAUCGGGUCUAGAGCUGAAGUGAACCUUUUUCAGUUGGCAGGAUUUGUUCUGAUCUUCCAGAAUGGUCAUUAAGAAAUGUGCUUUUCUAGUAAUCCAAACAAAUAAGUAUGAUGAAUCUACUUGCUUUAUGGUUUUAUAAAUUAAAUACUGUUCAGGUAAUUCCAUUGGUGCAAUGUAAUAAGAGAAUAUCAAUUCUGUGACUUUAAGAUAUAAGAUCGUGUGCAUCACUGUUGGGUCUUUGCCUUAAUGCCAGCGGAGGUAGUGGCUUCCCAUAAAAAUCUAUUUAAAAAUAAACAGUAGGUCACAAAAGGAAAUGGAUGUAUUAUCAGUGAGUUAUCGCUGCAGAGAACCAUAAAGAACAAAAUGAGUGAGCAACGAAAGAGGCAAUCACCAUUUUCUAAUAUUGAAAUAAAUAUCAGUUUUAUUCACUAGAUAUUACAUUAUUAUGUUAAACUUCAAUACAAUGAAUAUUCUUAUUCAAAUAUAUGUAUUUAUAUAUCAUUUAAAUUAUGUUACAUGCAGCAAAUUGUCAGUUGCUUAACCCUAUAAUACCUGGUAAUACAGGCAGAUCCUGCCAUUUUAUUGAACUACUUAAAGGAACACUAUAGUGUCAAUAACACAAAUGUGUAUUCCUGACACUGCAGUGUUAAAAACACAUUUUAGGUAGCCACCCUUUGCUCCUGUUAAAAAGGAAAUAAAAUUUACCAUUAUUCCAGCACGGUGUGGGUCUGUGGCAGCUGUCUCCACCCAUGCUCCGCCUCCUUGGCUGAGAUUAUCAAAAUUGACCAUCUCAGCCAAUGCAAUGUUUUACCAUAGGAAAGUAAUGGAAGACUAAUGCACAUGCGCAACAAAACACCACACUGUUCCAUUUUGCAGCACUGACCCAGGAAACAGAUCUAGUGACAGUCGAGUACUGUUCCUAGGCAGUAAUUUAAACACUGCCUUUUGUUUUAACAUACUAUACACACCAGAACAACUACAUUAAGCUGUAGUUAUACUGGUGAAUAUAGUGUCCCUUUCACAAAAGAGUAGCAUUCUAAUACUAGUUCUACCAUUUUGAAAACCUUGUAUCCGUGUUUUGGUAUUAACACCUUAACAGUGUUUUGGUAUUUUAAGGCUCUGUCAAGACUGUAUUUUUUUUAUCCAAAAUUGACAAAGUCAUACUUAUUUGUAUGAAACAUAUAAUAAAUAACAAUAAAUCUUAUUCAAAUUACUAUAUUUUAAAUGCUUCAGCAAAUAAUGUUAAAUAUUAUAAUCCAUUAACCCACCUUUAAGAUUAUUCUGUUACUGGAGAUUGAUAGGAAAUAUUGAACUUAAACACUAUUGUGUAAAAAGAAAACCCUACACAUAAACCGGCCUUCAUCUCAAUGGUUGUUGAUACAUAAAUAACAUUUUUAAGCUGGUAAGGAAAACUGCAUUGUGGAUAUUUUUUAGUCUAUCUAUUUUUAAACUUCAAGUGUCGAUAACCAUAUAUUGUAAAACAUGAUUCUUUUUAUUUGUCAGGCUUAUGUGGGUUACCAGAUUUUGUCUUUAAUUUCUGACUGCACUGCAGGGGUGACUUUUUUUUUUUUUUUUAAACUAGUGGUGAGGUAACAUUUUGAUAGAGGAUCAACUCCCAAAAUCCCAAACACAGCUCUACUAAACUGUCACUACAUAAUCCACAUCUUCAAUCAAAUGUCCCAUAAGCUUUGCAAUGCUACAUAGAUAAAAGUGUUAAAAGUGAUAUCAGUAUAAGUUAUUUAAUCAUUUUUAGACUGUGACAUCUGGGGUGGGUUGAAUUUAAGGAACUCUACAGUGUCAGAAAUACAAGCAUGUAUUCCACACACUAUAGUGCUGGAGUAAACAUUUAGAUCCCCGUCCACCAUCAGAAUGGGCUAGGCUGGUCCCGCCUCCACGGCUGAGAUCAUCAAACUUGAGAAUCUAAGCUAAUUCAAUGUUUUCUCAUAGGAAAGCAUUGGGUGGCUAUUGCGCAUGUGCUGCAAAACACCAAACUGCGCCAUUCAGCAUUUCUUCAUUAAGCAGCACAAUCAAGGCUCAUUUUAGCCAAAACGUCGCAUUCUUUUAGUGGGGUAACUUACCCUUGAAUAAAGCUUGCACCAUCAGUAUCCAGGAGUGUUGCCUAUACUCUUCUAUUUUUCUCUUGUGCAUCUCUAUGGGAAGCAUUCAGCGUAUCCAUACAGAGCAUAGAGACGCUGAACACAGUGCAGCAUUGAAAUAUUAAGCAACUCUAGUGGCUGUCUGAGUGACUGCCACUAGAUGAGUUUGCAUUGCUAUUGCCAUUUACAAGCUAUGUUUACACUGAAAAACCUGCAGGGACAUGCUUUAGACACCAGAACCACUACUAUAAGCUGUAGUGGUUCUGGGGACUAUAGUAUCCCUUUAAGUUCAUUUCUAGAAAAUAUUUAUAAUGUGACAAUAAAAUAAAAAUGUUGCCACACUUUUUCCAAAGUUACUAAAAAAAACAAACAAACAAAUAAACAGUUCCUGCUUUAUAUGGUGCUGCAUUGGAAAAUCAUAAAUGCAAUAUAUAAACAUGUAAUACAUGUAGAACACAAACAAGGUGUUAAUGUUUAGAGGUAUUUAUUAGGAAUAAAUUGCUUUGGUUAGUAAUUGUUAUUAUGGGGAAACAGAUGAAUCCAAAAAAUGUUACAGAUCAGGAAGACAAGACAACACAAAUGAUCAUAUUAACAAAGUGAUUAAAUGACUAGGAAACAGCUGUUUUAGGUUAGUUUUAUACAUGGAUAAUAGCAGGCUUUGUAUUGUGUUUCAAGCAGUUUAACCCUCUUAAACACCAUAGUGUUUCUUACAAAUAUUUUAUAAAUAUAUAGACAGAAAUGAAAAGGGGAAAAAGAAAGAUUUCGUUCUGUAAUUUGUACUAUUACUGCCACAAUAGAAAAAUAUGCUGUAAGAGAUUACUCCUCCUAAUUGUGAGAAUACCUACAUUCUCGUUAUUUUUCUUGGUCUGUUUUUGACAAAUUAUGUAGAGGUUUAGAUAUGUUAUCGCAAGGAGAUAUGAUAGUGUCCAUUGUGAUCCAAUGGCAUUUUGACUUUAAAUUUCUUCCAAGCAGUCAUAGGGUGAAAUUAGCUAGUUUUGUUUAAAGUACAUUCAUAAAUAUGUCGGUGGAUAAGUAGCCAGCCCAACAUGGAUGAAUAGAUGUUUUGUUUGUGCAGAACGGAGAGUCAACCAAUGAAAGUUCAGCUGUAUUGCAUGGUUUAGAAAACAGGGGAUGUAGGGGAAGGAUGCUGUGCACAGACACUGGGGUACCAAACUUGACUAUCCAAGAUAUGAACAACACAGCUGUAUAAAAAGUCCCUUUUAGAAAAGUAAUAUAGUUUGGGGGUAAAUAUUUAAAUGUACAACAAUGACCUGAAACAAUUCAUAUGGUAUCAAUUUGUUUGAAUAUGAAAACGUUGUACUUUUACACUGAUGGGGAGGUUUGUGGAAAAAGGAUCAUCAAUAUAUAAAACCGUUGGAAUAGAUGGGAUGAAGUCAUAAAUGAUGGUUAAUUAAAAGGUUAAUGGUUAAGUGACCACAUACAAAUGGAAGUGAUGUGCAUGCGAAGAAACAGAAAAUAAAGGUAUUUCUGGAUUACCAUUAUGAUGUGUUUCUCCAAGAGGCUCAAGCUUUGGAGGAAGUCUAGUAACUUUUGGGGUUCCCCAUCCAACUACAGGAAAACAAACAAAAUUUAAUUAACAAAAACAAAACCUGCAAGCUAAAAGAAAACAUCACACUCUAAAACGUGGAAUUGCUGUUCGGUAAAAAAUAAAUAUUACAUAUCAGUAAGAAUUUUCCUGGUGUAUUUUGUAUCAUCGUCUUGAUAGAAUAGGCUCCCAAUAGUCAAGUAUAGAGACCUUAGAGAACAAAAAUGACAGAAACCACUAAAUAUAUUUAGGGAUUAUUGGGGGGGGGAAAGAAAAAAAGUGACGGGAGUGGAAGCCUGAAGGAUAACCAGAAAAUGCGUCUCUCAAGAAUGGCUAACAGAAUAACAAUAUAGUUUUCCAGUGGAAGUAGAAAAGGCUAACACAUUAAAGGACCACUAUAGUGCCAGGAAAACAUACUCGUUUUCCUGGCACUAUAGUGCCCUGAGGGUGCCCCCACCCUCAGGGACCCCCUCCCGCCCGGCUCUGGAAGGGGGAAAGGGGUAAAAACUUACCUUUUUCCAGCGCUGGGCGGGGAGCUCUCCUCCUCCAAUCCUCCUUCUCUCCUCCCCGUCGGCUGAAUGCGCAUGCGCGGCAAGAGCUGCGCGCGCUUUCAGCCGGUCGCAUAGGAAAGCAUUAUCAAUGCUUUCCUAUGGACGCUGGCGUGCUCUCACUAUGAAAAUCACAGUGAGAAGCACGCAAGCGCCUCUAGCGGCUGUCAAUGAGACAGCCGCUAGAGGGAAUGGGGGGAAGGCUCAACCCAUUCAUAAACAUAGCAGUUUCUCUGAAACUGCUAUGUUUAUAAAAAAAAAUGGGUUAACCCUAGAAGGACCAGGCACCCAGACCACUUCAUUAAGCUGAAGUGGUCUGGGUGCCUUAAAGGGUUCCUCCAAGCACUAUAACCACUUCAGUGAUUUGAAGUGGACAUGGUGCGUGGAGUUUAUGUGCAGAAUGUCGCUGUGAAAUGCUGCCCAUGCAGAGUUUAACCCCUCUGCUGCCAGAGGUGUAACUCCACCUACAGCAGGGUGUUAUCAGCCAGUCCAGAACUAGAGUUAAUUAUUGUAAAUUCUGCGCAACUUUUAUUGUACAGAAUGGCAGUCAUUGGCAGAGAGAAGUCAUCUGUAUGCUCUUAGCCAAUGAAUGGCGUCUGGCAGGCUGUAGUUGCUAUGAUGAUUGUAGUAACUCAUUAAAAGCAGUCAAGGAUACCAGGGAUAUACAUGAUUUUAUCCUAACAAUAAAUAACUAAACCAUUGGCCAGAAGUUUUAGAACAGGCAGCUUAGAUGAGCCAACCGCAUACAUAGUUCUAUGAAAGAAAAAGUAAUCUCAAGUUUAAAUAACACCAUAUGCAUGUAAAUUAUGUGUGCAACACACAUAACAAUAUUUCCAUUUAGCAAAAAAGCAUAUUAUAAUAUAAAACGAACACUGAGUAUUGCUGGCUAGGGUAACAAACUAUAUGAAAUUUAUUUAAUCAUACAGUAAAUACAAUGGUUGUUACAGUCGGGACAGAAUUGUAUAGUGCUAUAAAUGCAGAGGACAGCACAUAAAAGAUAUAUAAUAGCACAGCAUAUUAAAUAUUUUCGAUAUUAAAAAAAUAUACUUCAUAGUAAUAAAUUAACAGGAUUGUUACAAUUUACAAGCUAUUAACAAUUAAAAUACUGAUUUAUACAUGUAUACAGAUAUUACAUUAUCACUGCAUACAAUACCAAAACUGUCAAAAAUGUGCCAGAUGAUAAAUAGCUGUUGACAAUGUUUCGGUUUUCACUAAAUUUAUCUAUUUAGCCAAGAUUCUGGGUGUAUAAAAGUUAUAAUAAAUUAGAAAGUCAGCCCUUUAAAAAAAUGACUGGCUUGGUACAAAAAAAAAAAAAAAAAGACUGUGGUAAUCUAAUGUUAAAUGAUGCAGCUUGUUCAUCCAUCUUCUUCCUUCAGAACGGGAGAAUUGACCACUCAUUACUCACCAGGUACAAUAGGUGGAGGGGUAAUUGGACUUUUUAUUUCAGGUUCCUCAGUACUGAUAGGCUCAACUCUGUGAUUCCUUUUUAACUUGAGUUUUUUUGCUUUCUUUUUGCUUUGAUCUAAAAACAACAAAACCAUUUUUUAGGCAUACGGUAGGUACUAAGAACUGUAAUGCAGUAGGAAAAAAAACAGUUACAAAAACUGUCAGUUAAGACAGAAUGCUAAAUUAUUUAAAUACACAUAGUUCUACCAAAUUGUAGGCAACACUGGGUUUCCCAUGGUGCCAAAAUUUGGUUUUACCUAAAUUCUAAACCAUUGGCAAUUCAUGACAUUUGGCUUGAGAACUAUGGCUCUAGACAGUUUAAAAUAAUAGUAAUGGUAGUAAUGUCUCCACUCCCAUUGAGGUUAAAAAAAAAAAAAAAUAAGUGGAAUACCAAGUAGCUUAAAUGUUUUAAUAAUAUUUGUAAUAUUUGAAUAUGUACACACAAUGAAAUCAGGAAAAUACCUGAGUCUCUCUUUUCAGAGGAGUCACAAAUUGCAUCAUCUUGCUCCAGUUUCUGGACUAAAGCAUCCUUAUAUGCCUCUAUUAAAUCACCCCCUUGGGUAGUCUGGUUGGGCUGACUGCUCUCACUCCCUGUGUCUUCACUCUUUGUCUCAAGAGGUAUGUCAAUUCCAUUUGGUUCAUUUGCUACUUUUUGACGUUUCUUCUCUUUUUCUUUUCGAAUCUUUUCUUCAUUCUACAAAUAUAAUGUGUCUCAUCACAAAAUAAAAUAGAAGCAAAAUAUUUUACAAUAUUUAAAUUAAUUGGAAGCCAGACUAAUCCUUGACUCUAAAUAGAGAAAGAGAGAUGGACAUAUCAGAAUAUUAAUAAAAAAUAAAAAAAAGAUUUAAAAAAAAUAUAUAAUAAAGAUAUGACACUACAGGAGUAGAAAAGAAAUUGUAACAAAAUUAAAUAUAUGACAAAUUGGUCACCCCACACUGUAUAACAUACUACCCUAAUAUGGCAGUCUAUCAAAUCUAAAUAAGGCACAUCCAGAAUAAUCAUUUCAUGCAUACAUACCUCAUUGAUAACGGCUGAUAUGGGUUGGAAAGGAUUGACUGCCAGAAUGGAGUCAUCAUCGGUUACAGGCUUUCCUUCCCUUUCUGCCUCUUCCUUUUCUUUCUCGUCUCUGUAAAUCAGUCAAAUCAGUCAAUACGUAUAUACUUUAUCUAGCUUUAAAGGGACACUUUAAGCAAUAUAUCCACUGAAGUUUAUUGUAGUAGUUGUGGUGCAAGGAAUCUAUUGGUGCGGUCUCUCUGUUUUGUCUUUGUUGUUUUUUUUUUUAAAUGCUUUCAAAAAGUUUGAGCAGAGUGGAGGAUUCCCCAGCAUGUAAGUUCAACGCCUUAUAUUGAGGUUUCACCUUUCUAAUUAUCCAUCAAAAAUAUUUAAGUUGGAUUCAUGUAGUGACAAAUAAGGAUAAGAUAAAAAAAAAAGGAGGAGCCGCACCCUUGCAAUAAACUGUAGUGGUUAUGGUAUUCAGCAUACCCCUUUUGUAAUUCAAGCUAAAUGCUCAGAUAUGUGCUCAUUGCUGGUAACAUACAAUAUUUCGAACUCCAUGUGCUUUAGAUGAAUCAGAAAAAAAAAAAAAGAGGAAAAAUUAUAUAGUGACACCCCCCACCCCCUUGUUGUUGUCGUCUUCCUGUUUAUGUGCUAUGUCCCUGAAACCAUGUAAUGCUAUUCCACAACAGAACAUGUGUUUUUGGCAAAUUUGGUAAAAUGAAUGACUAGCAGCCAACAGGUGCAUGUGGCUAUUCUCACCAGUUCAUGACAAUUUCUCAUUAUUUCCAAUGGAAUUGUUUCAUUAUAAAUGGGUAAAAAGUGAUAAUGGAUUAUCAAGACAAUGCCUGAACCUUGCAAUCAUAGACUUUAAACAGCUUGUGUCACACACAGAUUGUGAUGCUAAUUAUAAACAAGUGACUCUCUCUGUUUCGUGACAGAAUACAUACUGUCACAAGAGGGUGCUCUUGCAGUUUUGGUUGACUUUUAGUUUAAAGGCAACACAUGCACAUUUUUAGAGUAUGAAAUUAUCUUCAUAUCUAUUCUAUUAGAAAAUACAUCAUAUUUGACACUUUUGUAUGCAAAUUAAAAUGAUUAAUUUAAAGGGACACUAAAGGCACCCAGAUCACUCCACCUUAAUUAAGUGCUCUUGGUGCAGUGCCCUUGGCGUUUUAGCACUGCAACCGAAAACAUUGAUGUUUAGUAGAUACAGUAAUGUUUUGACUGCAGGCAACCACAAGAGGCGCUUCCACACUCAUAACCAAGUUGGACUUGGUUAUGUGAUAUUCAACAUUAAAUGUCGAUCAUAGGAAAGCAUUGUAUUUAAUACCUACAUUUGUUAAGCAUUUAACUGGAUUACCAUGACAGUCACUUCACAUGCACUUGUUGUUUAAAAUGCUUUUCUAUUAGAAGCAUUGGAUUGGACGGGAAGCGAUGCCGUAUGGUGUUGCAAGAGGUGGAGUGUGCAGCAGCACUGAGUAUGUCUCAGUACUGGAAAUCAGUCGGGUAAAAACAUUUGAACUUUUAUUUAGGGUGGCUUAGACAUCUAUGUAGUGGGAAGAACAUUAUAGUUUUAGGAAGUUUAGGUUCCUAAUGCUAUAGUGUUCCUUUAACUAUAUAUGAUAAUAUACAAACUAAAAUAAACUCAAGUGUAUAAUCGGCACACUAUAAUACCGAUAAAAACCAUAGACUCUGUAAUGGCACAAGAUGAGCUAAAACCAGCUUGAGAACUGAGCGGGGACACACUGAAGGGCAGGCUAUUUCAGCUGCUGCCUGUUCUCAGUAUUCUCUUGCGCCCCGUUUUUUGCCCUCCAUAAGUUUAAAGGGUAAUCCAGAUGUGGACCCCUUGCUCACGGUGCCUAGAGAGAUAUCAGCUAUGCCUCACUGACGAUGCCUAACAAGGCUGAAACGAUCGUCUGGGGUUGCUGUGUCUCUUGUGCAGAGGGAACUUGCUGGCAUUUCGGAUCUGGACUGCCCGUAUGGGUGGGACCAGUCUGAUAUGUUUCAGAGAUGUUCUCUCUGUAAUGGCACAAGAUGAGCUAAAACCAGCUUGAGAACUGAGCGGGGACCCACAGAAGAGCAGGCUAUUUCAGCUGCUGCCUGUUCUCAGUAUGCUCUUGCACCCCGGUUUUUGCUCUCGAUAAAAAUCAUACCCUAUAUAAACCAGCUCUAAAUUAUUGAACUUUCUAGAACAACCAGAAUGCUUAUCCUAAAUGUAUAGAUUGUGUAUAAAAGAGCUAUAGCCCAAACACAAACAUAAUAAUUGAUUAUGGGGAAGUAGUAUAUGCACUUGCACCGCAAACUCACCUAAAUAAGCUUAAUACAUUGUAUAACUCGUUCUGCCGAUUUGUGCUACAGUGUAAUUACAGGACCCACCGUUGUGACAUGCUAAAAGAAAAGAACUAAACUGGCUGUCGCUUGAACAUCCAGAUGCACUCUUCAUCUUUCCAGCCUUGUGUUUAAGAGCUUUUCUGGGAAGCUCUCACCCUACCUGAGCAGAAUGCUCUCCCUGGCUGUUCUCACCUCCUAUAACCUCUGAUCCAGUACCAGCACUUUAUUUAGUCUACCUCAAUACAAAAAGAAAGCGGUUCGAUCCUCCUUUUCCUACAGAGAACCGCUUUUAUGGAAUGACCUCCCGCACACUUAAAUCUUCCCCAAGCCUAAAGAUCCAUCUCUACAUAUCUCAAAACAGAAUGCACCUGUCACGGCUGAUUAUAUAUUUCCUACCUGUUCUAUGUUAAAUUUUGUAGAUAUUGUGUAUUAAUAUUGUUUUGUAUUUUAUUGUAGCCUAUUGUUAUCAAUGCAAUGUUUUGUGGACCCAGGACAUACUUGAAAACGAGAGAAAUCUCAAUGUGUCCUUCCUGGUAAAAUAUUUUAUAAAUAAAUAAUAAACAGUUGUUUGUCUAAUUGAGUCUCGUUAACUUGGUACUAGUUUUAUCCAUACAUGGAAAUUUCCAUAUUAGCAUUCUAGCAGUGAAACAAAUGUCAAGGAGGUGAGCGUUACCAAAAUAUAAUGAACCCUCCCGCUUACAUACUGGGGGCCCUGCUUAGUAAUACACGUUGCCUCCAUUGCCAUUGCAUUGGCAUUUGAAAGUGACAUUAGUCACCCCCAUCCUCCUAUCCUUUAGCAAUACGUGAAAUAUUUUGCCAGAGGAAAAUAUAAAUCACAAAAAUUACAACAUAAAAUUAUAAAUAGCAUGCUCUUUGCAAUUGUCAGUGACUGUCAUGACAGUUACACUUUAAGUAAAAUUCUAAAAAUAUAAUAAAUGGGUUAUCGAAUAAACUGUGAAGACUUGCCAAGGGAGUGCAAACUUUAAACCAAAAUAGCGGAGAUGGGGAAAUGGUUCAACUGGACGAUUUUUCCAUUUAAGACAUUAAAGCCUAAAAUUUGCAGUUUCUCUGUUACUUCUCCACAAUUCAAUGUUAAUAAUAGUGUAAAGUCCCCAAAGUAUAAAAUUCGCAUACCGAAUGGCAGCUCUGAAUGACAGUCUUCAUCAACAGUGAUAUGCAAAAUAUGCAGAUGAGACAUUAAAAACAUUAGAUUUGCACAAAAAAAAGAAAAGCAAAACCAUGGUAUUUCUAUAACAUUCCUAGAAUAGCAUGCUGUUUUAGGAAGAUAUCCUGCGGUGUGCCUGGCAGUCAAGGGAAAGAUAUGGGAGAUGUUAGUGCCAGCAUGGCAUAGUGGCUGAAGUUCGCCGUAUAACAACGGUUAUAUGGGAGAUGUACAUGAAAGGUGGCGGGUUGAAAGGUUCUGUGGGAUACACGGUGUCGUCUGAUAAAAGCUGUAUCUGAUGUAGCAGCCAAUGGAGUGAGAUUUGUGGGUACCAUAGCAAAUAAGGAUGAUUUAUGAGGCUGCCACUGAUGGCAUUAGUAACAAGGUGGUAUGCAUUGUGGAUGAAAUAUGUUUCACAUGGUAUGGUGGGGUAACUAAAUUGUGUUAUAUGUGAGUAAUUAUAACUGUGGUUGGUGAUUAUGUUGAUUAGCUGGGGAGGGAUAAAUGAAGGAAUUAAGUUUUGGUGGUAAAGAUUUAAACACAUUGAGACAACCCUGCAGUCUGGUAUCCUCUCUAGUCCCCAGGAGGUAAGAGUUAGGUGAGAGGAAUCACAAACAGAUUCUUCAGUAAGGCACUAUUAACAUUAAAAAAAACCUGAGCAAGAUAGUUAGGCAUAAUGUAAUUAUCUGAAAGGACUAAAUGGAUCAGUGCACACAGUCACUUAGAAAGUUUCAAAAGACCCUUUGCAGCCAGUGUAACAAAUACUUUCGGCGAAACUGAUGAUGAAUUUUACUUGAUUAAAAAAAUAUCUCUUUAAUCUUUUAAUUAUUAGACUGUAAGGAACAAAAGUGCAUGUUUACUAGAUGACCACCACCAGAUCUAAUCAAGAUGUAUCCUAACAAUACAUUCUCAGUUCCCAACUAAAUACCCAUCUAAUGGGAAACAACCCUCUAAUCAACGUCUCAAAUAUACCCACCGUCAAAUGUAUGCUGCCUGACACUGCCAAACUAAACAGCAAAUCUAGCAUUAACAGCAGCACUAUUUAAACUAUAUACAUUGAAGGAGAUUAUAUAUAAACACAUACACUAACCACUGUUCUUUGCACAACUGACUUGAACCUCUUGUACUGAAUACAUUUCAUCUUUAAAGGGAAACUAUAGCGCCAGGAAAACAGUGGUUUCCUGGCACUAUAGCACCCUAUAGAGUCCCCUACCUCAAGGCCCGCCCCCUCCCUGUGGUCCAGAAAAGGUUUAAAAACCCCUUAUGUCAUUUACCUGAGUUCAGCACUGUCUUUCGUUGACGCUGCCUUAGGCCCUGCCUUCUUCCCCUGCAAUGUCAGCCAGGAGGGAAACCUAUUGCGAUUGCGCAUGUGCGUCGAUCACAGCACUCGCAUUACGACAUCCCCCAUAGGAAGCAUGUAUAAUGCUUUCCUUUGGGGUUUUGGGUGACGCUGAACGUCCUCAUGCAUAGCGUGAAGACGUCCAGCGUCAGGCGACCAAAAGUCAUCUAAUGACUGGAAGUCCCUCUACUGGCUGUCUGCUAUACAGCCACUAGAGGUGGAGUUUACCCUCAAAGGUAAUUUUUGCAGCUUAUUAAAAACUGCAAUAAUUACCUUUGCAAGAUUAAUGGAUCUGGGACUAUGCACCCAAACCGCUUCAAUAAGCUGAAGUGGUCUGGGUGGUCUGGGUGCCUAUAGUGUCCCUUUAAAUUUUGAGAAUAUGUUAAGUAUAUGUUGAGUAUAUGUUAAUAUAUUAGAUUGCCUAAAUGUCAUUACUGGAAAGAUUUUUCUCCAUUUUGUCCAGUUUUCAUGAUGGUUUUAUUUUUAUUUUUAUUUAAAGGGACACAAUAGUCACCAAAACAACUUUAGCUUAAUGAAGCAGUUUUGGUGUAUAGAUCAUGUCCCUGCAGUCUCACUGCUCAAUUCGCUGCCGUGUAGGAGUUAAAUCACGUUGUUUAUGAACCCUAGUCACACUUCUCUGCAUGGUACUUGCCUUCCUAAACACUGUAAAGAGUCAUCUAAAGUGUAUUCUUCCUUUAUUGCAAGUUCUGUUUAAUUUAGAGAUUUUCUUAUUCCCUGCUAUGUUAAUAGCGUGCUAGACCCUGCAAGAGCCACCUGUAUGUGAUUAAAGUUCAAUUUACAAAGAAAGAGAUACUAUUGUUUCAGGUAAAUUACAUCUGAUUAAAAAUGAAACCAGCUUUUUUUUUUUUUCCAUUCAGGCUGUGUCAGAGUCAGAGGUGAGGUGUGACAAGGGCUGCAUAAACAGAAACAAAGUGAUUUAACUCCUAAAUGGCAGUGACUUGAGCAGUGAAACCUGAGAAGCAUGAUCUAUACACUAAAACUGCUACAUUAAGCUAAAAUUCUUUAGGUGACUAUAGUGUUCCUUGAAAUAAUCUGUACAUUAAAUUCCAUGAUUCAAAAAAAAAAAAAAAAGGUCACAUUUGCACUGUGCAAGAUAUCUGAUAUAUCCAAUACAUAUUUAAUAAGUCUUCAUUCUAGUUAAAAACUAAACUACAAAUAAAAGUCAAGUAUUCUUAGCACAUGGUGUAUUAAAAUAAUAGACGUCAAAGGAUAGUCAUUUUGUCACUGACAACACUGAGCUUUUGAUUGUGAAUAUUGGAGGAAAAACCACAUUGAAUGUGCAAGCCUAUACCAACAAAACAAAUUAAACGAAAAUACCAGCAUAUUUACUUUUACUAAGUGAGGCCAUUUAAAGAGACAAUAAAGUCAAAAAAUCAAAUUAGAAUUUGUUUCCUUUCUCUGGAAUCAUGUUUUCUGGAUUGCUUUGCAACAAGCGUCUUCAGAGAUUUUACUAAUCAGCCAAUUAUCUGGACUUGUGGGUCUGUGAACUAUGCAGCUACACAGUGUCAACUCCAAAAUGGAGGCAUUCUUGCAAAGCCGCAAUUAUAACAUUUGGUGUGGUAGUGAUUGAGGGAGGUAUAAUUGAAAUACAUAGUUGUAGCCUUCAGUGCACCACCCUAUAAAACAAAAACAAACAAAAAAAACACCCUGCAAAGUAGCAGACACAUAAGGAUUGGAGCUAGACCAGGCCCAAUUUCUAGAAUUUUACUAGACUACCAAGAGAUGUGAUCAAGCAAGAUGUGUGUUCAGUUAAUAAGUAUUUUAUAGAACCGUGUGUGCUGUAUCUGAGACUAUGUGAAAGUUUGAAUAUGUUAUAAAGAUUAAAUUAGAGAAAGCAUAAGCGUAUUAGCAUUCACCUGCUAUUCAUUAUUGAUUCUGAACAUUUAAAUAUAAAAGGGAAUUUUUAACAGGGUCUCAGCAUCAGCAGGCAGCUCUCCUCCAAUGAAUAAUGUCCAAAGUCGGUGUGCUAAUGCAAAUGUAUGAACGUCCACUUUAGCAUAUCACUACAGACAUAAAGAACCAUGUGUAGUUUCUCUAUAUAGCAGCCUGACUGAAUAAAAUGGGCACAAAUCAAAAUGAUGCUUGAUUUAUGUAUCUAUCUAAAAAUGUGUUUUGUCUUAUUUGGAUGACAAAUACAGAUCCAUGUCAUUAUAAGGUGUAUGCCAUUUGGAAUAGUUGUUGCCACUAGAAAUGAAGUAAAAACUAAACAGUUUUAUCCGAAGCACAGGUUUGUUUUUUUAGCAGAUCAGAGACAAUCAUCCUUUUGUUGUUUAUUUGUAUUAAGCGCCAGAACUUUUAUAUUAUUAAAACAUGUUCUGCAUUGAAAUGUUCUGCCUUCAAGCUUUUCACAGUAUAAAUUUUGAAUAUUUUCAAUGUAUCUCAUAGCACACAGCUUAAAUGGAUCUGUCACUUUUCAGUAUUUCAUGAAGAAAUAUUCUUUAUAAAAUACUGAUGAAGACUGCGUUGGAAUCCCUUGCAAUCCAAAAGAUACCAUAAGUAACAGUAGGGACUACUUUGACUUAUGGUAAACCUUGAAGAUUAUGAAAGAAGACAAAAGGUCGAGCUCUGCCACCAACAUUUGUCCAAUCCCAGCAUCCAUCACUAGUGACAGCUGUGGGAUUCAGGAAUUGUAUAUGAAGACUCCAGGAGGGUUCCUCCAUAGACCUUGGGGUUGUAAACCUCAGAGCAUGUGCGAGAGUACAGCACUUAUGCAGCUCCUAGCAACUGAUGCACCAGGAACUAAAGUGGACCUGAAGGAUGAGAACAGUGGCUGCUGUGAGAGAAAGCUUGAGGUAACUGAACCUUACCUUCGCCUGCAUCCCCUAGCCACCAGACCCACACUGGAUCUGUCCCUUUUGGAAUUUUUGCAUAUUUCACAGAGACAAACCUGCUUUAAGGGAUUCCCGUGUCCUAUUCUCAAUUCUUUAAAUUACUUAUAACAUCAGUGAGCCAACUUCCCACCAUUGAAAUAUGCCAACGGUAAAUUAUAAUUGCCUAUGGCUGUAAAAGUACUUGUAUAGCAUGUGUACACACAGGGGGCACACAAUACAAGUUAUCACCUACCCAGAUUUCUCAUAGCUUUCAAAAAAGAAAAGGUCUGCAGUGCAACAAUGACUAGCGCCAUAUAUGACAAAACAUGAAUGGACACCAAGAUUUUCACAUAAAUGAAACUACUACUCUCAUCCAAAAUUAUUUUAAACAUUCAAACCAAAUCAAUAAUAAUGAUCAUCAUCAGCCUUAAUAACAGCAAACAGCAAGAACAUUUAUACAUGGAUAAUCCACAAAUAUUCCAAGCCCAAAACAAGCUUUUACAGCCCCCGAGUCUGUCCUGAAUUUUUAGGAUAGAAUCAUAGUACCUCUCUUCUCGUAUUCUUUUCACUCUCUCGGCUCGUUCACGCCUGUCUUGUUCCUCUUGGGCUCUCUGUUCUGCUGUUUCUUUUUGAAUGCGUUCAUGUAAUGCUUCAAAAUCUUUUGCUAUUACACAUAACAACCAGUUCAGACCAUUUUUUAUUGACUUGUCAAUUUUCUUUCCUUGGCGAACAACUGCAGAACAUGGCUCCUGAAUAGAGGAAUCAAAAUAAUUACUAAAUAAUGUAAAUACAAAAGUGGAAGCAAAGUGAUAUUGACACAAAACACUUAUGGCUUAUGUUUGUGAUCACACAACGUUUUGUAAAAUACAACGGAAAACUAUACUCAACAUUUAUUUUACAGGAAUAAUAUUUAAACCCUUUAAAACAUGUUUAACAGAGUUGUAUCAAAUGUAGAACACAAAUAAAUCUACCAGAGACCAUGUUUAUUUUAGGGAGAUAUGUACACAAAGAUCAUCAUAAAAUGACUUGAAAAUUUCAAGGGCAGACAUCAAUUUUAAGUUACAGAUUAACACUAAAUUACUAGUGUUGAUCUGAAUUUUACAGAAUUUAAAUAUUAUUGGCAAAAUUUAGGCUAAAAUAGUUGAUCUUGAAAAAUCAUGCAGCUCAGCUAUGGAAGCAGCUUGACUAUUUUGUCCUGAUUUUUUGCCCUUCGGAUUUCAAUGUUCCAAUUCAGAGUUCAGUGUAAAUAAACCUUUAGGAGAUUGGUUUAUAAGAGUCAUGUCAUCUUGUUAAGAUUACACAGCUAAGCAGGCAUGCAGAGUUGCUGCAACAAAGUAAUUAACUGCGUAUAGCCAAAAUGGUUUUAUUGUAUGCCCCUGUUACAGACACAGGUUCCAUUUCAGAAUACUUUAGUGCACUAUCGGGAAACGGAUACAUUUUUUAACAUUAUCACAUUUCCAACAGCCAGAGGAAACCUGAUACUUACAAUCUGACAUAAACAUUUAUAUUCAUUAACAAGUUUUUCAAGUGAGAGAAACUCUAUGAUGUCAGCUUCAGACAGUGCCCCUUCCCUGUCCUGUUUGUUGGCCAGGCUGUAAUACACAAAGUAAAAAAAAAAAAGGUUAAGCUGCAAAUUACCUAAAAACAUGCAUGUAUUUUCUGAUGGGAUCAGAGAAAAGCUUUCUAUUAAGUCAAUAUCAAUAAAGCGUAGUUUUAUACAAAGGUCUACACAAGAUGCAAGGGCUUACAAUUUAACAUUAUAACUGAGCUGACAUUUGGCAAUAUCAUUAAAUGUUGUUUAAUGGCUUGGGGGGGGUGGGGGGGGUUGGAGUAGUCUAUUAUAGUCAGUGAGAGCUCUUCUUUAAUGCUUGUGAAAAAGACACUCCAAGCACCAUAACUACUACAUCAGGCGUCACUCCCCUCCUCCACCAUUGAACAGUGAGCACUGGAAACUCUCUUCACUGAGCUAAGCCUGCCAGUGAAAAGCUUAGCUCAUUGAGCGAUCAGUUGAUUAUUUCAGCCAAUGAGCUAGCCUUGCAUUGCAAAACUUAGCUGAGGAGAGCGAUUGGUUCACGGUGGGCUCCAGAUAAGUCAAACCAUUCUAAAAAGCAUUAUGUAGUGGUUAUGGUGCUUGGGUUGUUUCUUUAAAGGACCACUAUAGGCACCUAGACCACUUCCGCUCAAUGAAGUGGUCUGGAUGCCAGGUCCCCCUAGUUUUAACCCUGCAGCUGAAAACAUAGCAGUUUCAGAGACACUGCUAUGUUUACACUGCUUGGUUAAUCCAGCCUACAGGGAGACAACCACUAGAGGUUUACUCUAAGUAAAUCGCACUUAUUUGACACUGGACGUCUUUCGUGGACUUCCAGAGUCAAAAAAAGAUCAUGAUAGGAAAACAUUGAGUAAUGCUUCCCUAGGGACGGAUUAGAAUGCACACGUGCGCCUCUGGCCACGCAUGCGCAUUCGGCUCGAUUUGGGAGCUGACGUCGAUGAAGGAGGAGAGGUCACCAGCGCCGAGGGAGCCCGGCCGCUGGAUUAAGGUAAGCAAAUAAAUGUUUAAUUAAGCAUUUAUUCCUGUGGAACGCUUAGGUGACUAGGGCUCUAUAGCAUUAGGAAUACAUAUUUGUAUUCCUAAUGCUAUAGUGUUCCUUUAAGGGACAUUUGAGUCCCUUUUAGGAGAGUAUGUGUGUGUGUCUAUUUCUCAAACAUAUCAUAAAUUGUUUUUUGUUUUUUAUUAAUUCUGUUACUAUAUUUUUUUUUGUGUGUAUAUUUUUAGUUAAUUUUAUUUUCCAUUCCUUUGCUCGUCACAUUAUUGUUUUGUGUUUACUGUGAAUAAUAUCUUUUAGUUCAUCAGCAAUACAAACAAACUUAUUAUGCUGUGAGAAGUCACGGAGAUCCCCUCCAAUUUUCACUUCUAAAUUAAGACACAUUUUAAAAAUGAACAAAAUGAGCAGCCAAACAGGAAACAAAGUGCAUGGUGGGAAUUAUACUCCAAGUACAAUCAAUAGGAAAUGCAUGUGUAAAUAUGCUAUUAAAACAACUGAAAUACUGCUUUAACAGUAUAAACAUAGCACAAUUAUCUUUUGUGUGUGUUUUGCAUUUCUCCAUAUGACAGAAUCAUUUUGUAUAUGUACAGAAUCUAGUUUUCUAAGGUAUACAUGCACAGAAAUGGCCGCAAAUCUUGAUUCCACAAGCAUGUUAAAGGAAAGGGGUCAUAUUUUUUUAUUGUUAUUUAAAAUAAAAUAUUACAUAUGGUAAAGCCUCUGUGUGUAUUAUUGAAAGUCAUACAUACAUACAUACAUACAUACAUGUGAACACCUCUUUUCAGUACCCCUUCUGGUUUACUGUUGCUUUAACCCCUUAAGAACACAUGACAUGUGUGACAUGCCAUGAUUCCCUUUUAUUCCAGAAGUUUGGCCCUUAAGGGGUUAAAGAGGUAGCCAACUUUAAGUCCUCUUUGGUCAGACGCACUGCUCAUCCAACCAAGCAUUGUGCAGAUAGUCAAGCGAUAGUAAGCAUUCAGAAAUCCUGGCAUCUUACACAAGAAUCUCACGAAAUGUACUAUGGGAUGGUUUCAGACCUUCAGAUAAUGCACAACAACAUAUAAAUUGAGCCUCGUAAUGUAAGAGUAAGCAGGAGGUGCAAUGAAAUGUAUACUUGAGGUACCAUAACAUAACAUCUUUAUCACAUGGAAUUUUUUAUGGACUGACUAGGUCCUGUGCACCAUCCUACCUUAAGGAAUUAAACCGUUAAUCAACUGUUGGAAGUCAGUGCCCGAUCAAUAUGCCUCUAUAAUGCCAAUGAAGAUCCAAGUCUUUAAUCAGGGAGCCUCAGACCAGGCACCGUUAAUAGAGUGAGAACAUCAGCUGACUGACUCACUAGAUCCCGAUUCAGAAACAGGAGUGAAAAAGGUACCAUUUUCUGAAUGGUAAGCAAGUGUAGGCGAAGAGUGGAAGUGCCAGUUAACGCUUGCAGUCUAUCAUCGGCGCCUGGUACAAAGCUUUCUAAUUGGAGCCUUAAACCAACAUGGGAAGUAAAAGGGCAGAGCAUUCAGGCACAGUCUUCCAGACUUUAAAUUGCAUUAAAAUUGCAUUAAAAUUUUUAACACCCUAUUCCAUAGUUCUCAAAAGGAAGCAGGCUGAUGCUCUCAGCUUAUCAUUAGAUUUCCAUUCAGAAAAUGGCAUGAAAAUGUACCACUUUCUGAAUGGUUAGCUAGUGAUGGGGUAAGAGCGUCAGCUGACCCUCUCAGCUUAACUGCAGCUCCUUCGUGGGAAGUAGAGUCGGAGAGUGCUUAAGCAACGCCUUCUCUUAAGAGUUUGAGGUUAAACCGUUCAUUAACACUUUACCCCUUAAGUGGUUAUGGUUCUCAGAGUGGUCCUUUACCUUGGGAUCAAUGCACUACAAGGCUAAAUUACAUGUAACGUUUUAUUUUCUGUAAUAAUGAAAAAUUAUUAUGGUUUAAUUUCAGAAUGGCACUUGCACAAAACAGUCAUACUUUACAUUGCAUAAUAAAAUUCCAUACUUCUCAAAAGGAAAUAUUAGCAGGACUGGAACCCAGUCUAGCAAGUAAAUACAAAUGGAUUCACUGUUUAACAGCCAGCUAAGCAUUAUACUUGCAAUAUAAACACUGUCAAUAUUGCAAAAGCCAACCAAACCGGUCUGAUGCCCUCUCCGCAUUGAAGAUAAAACUCUCUAUUAACAGUUUACUUGCCAGGACAAUAUUCCAAUUUAUAACGAUUUCACAUCUGUUUAAAACAUAUAUAUAAAAUGAUUUCCUUUUAAAAAAAAAAAAAAAAAUCACACGUUACACUGAAAGUAAAACAUCCAUGUGGUUUUGAAAAAGAACACACUUGUAACACUGUAUACACACAAUAGCUUACAUUCUCUUAUUCUAUUGGUCAGUUAGUGAAGGACCCGCCUCCAAGCUAAGUGUAUCAUUUGAACAGGCGAAAUAAGAUUCCUUUCAGUUACCAAGAAUGCCUUAUAUUAGGUCAUAUCUCCUUGGCCAGGCAGUCUUGCAUUGUGAUGAGCUCCCAUGCUGAAAGGAUUACUAAACCAACAAUCACAGAAUGCUAGCUUUUAACAUUGGAUAUAUUGCCUGAGAGCACACGGAAAAUAUACACAAAGGGAAAUAAAAAGAAUAGGCGAAAAGGGUAAGUUAACUGCUCCCUUAUAUAUGACAUCAUUCAUACUAUGCACUUAUCGUAAAUAAUUCAAUACAACAAAGGUUCAUAUUAUAACCAUUGGUAGUUUAUUUUACGUUGUGAAAACUAAUUUAUGAAGUGUCAGACUGGUGGGCGAAGCAAGGUAGAAAGGGUCACGGAGCACCCGUGGGAUUUCAUGGGUUAAGAUCAUUGAAAAUAUAUUUAUUUAUUUUUCAUAUUUCAUUCUUGGGUAGUUACCUACUUUUUAUCUGUAACAAUAGGAAGCGAUUACAUAGGUUAAAAAAUGAAAACAAUGAAUCAUACUAUGAUUUAUUAAAAGUACGUUUGAUAAAAACAUGUACAACACAAGCAGGAACAAAACAUGUAAUCUCUUGCAAGUCUCAUACGCUGCUUGUGCAGAAGUCGUAGUGAUUAAAAUUAUUUGUAUUCAGUAAUAAAAUGCUUGUACCAACGGCAAAAUAAAAGCUAGCACAUGUCGAAUAGAGCAAUCUUUAUACUUUUUUUAAUUAUUAUAAUUUGAACUUUUUUUAAACCAAUAUUAAACUACAUGUUUAUCAAAGUUUGAAAAGUACUCGCUCUAUAGAAAAAAAAUGUAACCUCUUAAAUAGAGAGUAAACAUAAUGAAGCAUAAACAUUUUAAAUUAGUUUCCAUUUUGUAAAAUAAUGUUUACUACAAACAGGGCUAAAUUGGAAGGUUUUUUAAAUUUAUUGUUAGUGUCUAAAAGGUUCUGUUUGUUUUAAACCCGGAAUGACCAAAGGUUACCCAAACCCCUUUACGUAAUGGGUGUCUUGGCAAGUCACCCAUGAUGAAUGGGUUAACAGUGAGCACACAACUUAUCAGUUGCAGGAGGGAACAAUGAGUUGACCAGUAAUGCAGAGUGCUGAAAGAUACCUAGUCUAUUGUGAUGCAUAUAAUGAAUUUGACUAAUGCUUUGUGUGCAUGUUGUAUGGAUACAGUUUGCAUAGUGCUGCUGGGUUUCAUUAACACUUCGAAGAUUACAUUGAAAUAAAGGGGGGUGCAGUAUGUGCAAUAUUUGGAGGCAAAACAGUACUUAUAGCAGCAUUAGCAUAAGAGAUUUCCAUAAGGUAGAAGUUACAAAAUAAAUGGGAUCGUAUUAUAUUUGGGGGACUGAAGGACAAAGUAAAAAUCAACUACAGUGGAAAUAAUAAGAGUUCCAGGCUUUCAAUGCAUUCAUUUUACAUUUAACAAUUCACAUUUUAGAAUGUUUACAAAUAAAAAAAAAUAAAAACACAACAUGAUCGGAUGUUAAGAUGAUAGAAUUCCAAAAAAAUCUGAGCCAGAACCUUUGACACUAUUUGACUAUGAGCUUUCACUUGUAGAUUAGUACACACUAUGCCCCAUAUCCACCACCACUUUGCGAACUGAUUAUGGUGGACUUUUUAUUAGCGAGUCAAUUUUCAGGGCGCAGUUUGAGAAUAAAAUGAAAGUCUUCACCACUCUUCAGCUGCAUUGACAAUAUUACACAUCCAUGUAACCAGCAGUAUCAGUUCCCUCAAACUAAAUAAACAACAUGAAUGGAAGGGGUAUGGGGGGGACUUUAUCAGGAUUGUGUCAGCAGACAUUACUUUAAUCUAUAGUUUUCUCCUUAUAUGAUAGAGUGGUAUUUCCUGCUUUCUUGAUAGCAGGAAGAUAAGCUCCUGUGAGGUUUUGACAGAGUCAGCAGCCCUGAACUCUAUUUUGUAUUGAAAAUGUCCUGGAGCAAUAAUACUCCAGAGCGUUAUUCAUUGCAUCUUUUAGCUAGGGACAGAGCUUCGUUCUUGUUUCUUAUAGUCUUGCCAUCCAGGAAAGAUUUUGACAGCAACACAGUUUCAUUGGUAGCUCUAUUCCUUUCUCGUGAGGGUUAACGGACCACUUCAUAUCAAUGAAGUGGUCCUUUAGUUAAAACCCUGCAACCUAAAACAAUGGCAUUUGGUAGAUAUUUAAAUACCAAGAUAGGAGAGGCUCCAGUGUGAUUAUAUUAAAAAUAAAUUAAAAAAAACACAAAACUAGAAUUUCCCUCUUGCUGUGAUGUGUAGUGAUGAUUAUCAGGAGGCUAUUUUAGAUCCAUAAUUCCACAGUUAAACAACAAAUGUUAAAGGGACACUAUAGUCACCAAAAAAAACUACAGCUUAAGGUAUUUGUUCUGGUGUGUAUAAUCAUUCCCUGCAGGAAUUUUCAUGUAAACACUGCCUCAGAUGGCCACUGGAGGUGCUUUCUGGGGCGGUGCACUGCUGUUCAGUGUCUCCACGCUCUAUUUGGAGGUGCUGAUUGGCCAAGCCAGUGUUUUGCCCCACUGCCUCUAUGCCGAUUUCAGCCAAUGAGAAAUUGGAUUGACUGAAAUCAUAAAUUCUGAUGAUGUCAGCAAGGAGGAAGAUCGGAGGCAGGGCCACCCGCUGGAGAUCAUAUAAGUUUUAUUACCUUUUAAGGGAGAUAAGGGGUUGGGGGAGCCACCUAAAUGGUGGUUUUAACACUAUAAGGCCAGGAAUACAUGUUUGUGUUCCUGACCCUAUAGUGUUCCCUUAAGGGUUGUAGUAAUUACACAAUAACAUUGAGAACAAAAGUCCUUUUGAAUAAUUAUAUAAUGGGUCUGUCAUGUAGCGUUGGCGUCUCAGAGGCUGGAUGGGCAUAAUGGGAAAUGUAGUUCAGAAUACCUAUCUCUGUAAUUGGGUAGGACACCAGUUUUGUGCCACUUACAUCUUUGCUUUCAUAUUUACAAACUGCAACUGUUAUGAUCUCAUUCUCAGCAGUCAGGUUGAACUGUGAAGGACUUCCUUAUCAGUCAUGUAAAACAAAUUUAAUGUACUUGCUGAACUGGAAUACAUGUGUAAAGUUAAACAAGCCGACAUGCCGUUGGAACAAAAUCAAUCUGAUAUGUCUUUAAAGCUCAUUGAAAUAUGUGCAAACUGUAGGUUUGCUUAACCCCUUAAGGACACAUGACAUGUCAUGAUUCCCUUUUAUUCCAGAAGUUUGGUCCUUAAGGGGUUAAAGGGAAUGCUUGUGUUUCAUAGGUUAUCAAUUAAAGGGUUACUGCAAGCAUUAUGUCCACUUCAACGAUUUAAAGUGGUCAUGGUGCCUGUAGUAUGUACGUGCAAUGUUUUGCCCUUUUGUUUUGCUUAGUACAAGCUCUGGCAGAGUCAUUAGCCAACUCGGAGACAAAACGCUACGCUGCACCAAUCAGCAUCUCUGUGAAUCAAUGCAUCACUAUGAGGAACGUUCAGCACCUCCAUGCAGAGAGUGGAGAUGCUGAACGUCAGUGCUGCACAUUGACCCAGGAAGCACCUCUAUUGGACAUCCAAGUGAUUGUUACUAGAGGUGUUCCUUGGCAGUAAUGUAACCCCUCCCUUUUCUAUGAAAAAGCUGUGUUUACAUUAUAAAGCCGGCAGUGACAGACAGACACCAUAACAGCUACACUAAGCUGUAGUUCAGGGCUUGACUAGUCCUAAACUACAGCUUAAUGUAGCUUUUCUGGUGUCUACUGCCUGUGCCUGCAGGCUUUUUAAUGUAAACACAGCCUUUUCACAUUACUGCCAAGGAACAACUCUUGUGGGAUUGAUCAGCCUGUUCCCUCCUAUCUCAAUCCCCGUGCAGGCGUCUGUCCGCCGGUGUCUUGAGAGGAAAUUAAGGGAACUGUAAUUAUUUUAUCCCGGAGCUGAGGUUGCGCAGCUGACUGGAUGCAGGCAGGGCACCAGGUAGAGAUUGCUCUGCUCGCCGCCCACUCGAAUUUCGCAGAGCUGCCCGCCUGCCCAUUCCCCUGCACAGCCUCAGCUACAGGAGGAAGUAAUUACAGUUCCCUUCACUUCCUUCUGGUGCACAUAGAGCUGCAUGGGGAUACAGUAGGAGUCUGCACAGAGAGCUUCACAGUUAUAUAGGAGGAGUCUGAACAGAGCGACAGCCCACUUCCAUCAGCUGCAGCCAGCCCUACUGUCACCAGAUGCUGCCCAGUCCCAAUGGAACAUAGGGAAGCCACACUCCUACGCCCAAAAGGUAGGAAACAGGAGGGCGGCUUAAAAAAAAUAAAAAUAAAUAAAUAAAUAUAUUAUAUAUAUAUUUUAUUUUUUUACUUCUGUGCGUAUGUUUAUCUGUGAGAGUGUGUUUAUCCAUCAUGUGUGUAUGUCUGUAUGUGUGUUUGACUGUGUGUAUCUAGGAAUAUGUGUGUGUGUGUCUAUUUUAGUGUAUCAAAUAAUAAAAAAAAUUUAAACAUCUUUGUCAGGGUGUUUGUGUCAGUGUCUGUCUGAGUGUGUAUGUGUAGGUCACCAGCCCCCCUUGAAAUGGUGUUUCUAGUCACCUUUUUUCCCCAGCGCCAUGCUGGUCUCGCUGCGGCUGGCCUGCCUCCAUAGCUGAUAUUAUCAACCUUGAUAAUGUAGGCCAAUUCAAUGCUUUCCUAUUGGAAAGAAUUCGGAGCUAUUGAGCAUGCGCAGCAAAAUGCUGCACCAAUCAGCAUGUCCUCAUAGAGAUGCAUUAGAUCAAUGCAUCUCUGUGGGGAACGUUUAGCGCCUCCAUGCAGAGCGUGGAGAUGCUGAAUGCACUGAGGUAGGAGACCCUUUAGUUUGAGUGACUACCACUAGAGGUGUUCUUGGCAGCAAUGUAAACACACUACCUUUUUACAUUGGAAAGCCUGCAGGGAUAGGCUAUAGAUACCAGAGCGACUACAUUAACCUGUAGUGGUUCCGUGGACAAUAGUGUUCCUUUAAGAAUUGUAUUUUUGUCACUGGGGAAAAAAAACCUGGCUCUUAACUUUUUUAGCUUUCUCCUGGAUUCAAAGCAAAUUUGUCAAGCCCUGCUGUAGUUCUGAUGACUAUAGUGUCCCUUUAAGAGUUGCAUAUCAGCUUACCCUGAGAAAGCAUGCAUAUUGAAAAGAAUGCAUCAAAUACUUUUAAUAGUAACUAAAGUUUACUUUCACAUGCCCUUGAAGGAGGCUUGAAAGCAAUUGAAAUCCUGCCAGCAAACUACAAUUUAAAAAGAAACACAUACACACACACACAGACACAAUCAAAUGUAAAACUGAUUUAAAAAAAAAAAAAAAGAAUUCUAACGUUUAAUUUAUUGAGUAAUUUUUAUUUCAUUAUUUCACUUCAUUUUAAUUAUUAACUUGCAACUUGGGAGUCUCUAAGGCUUUUAGUGCCAUUAGAGAAGGAACUAGGUUUUUGUUAGUUUUUUUUUUUUUAUAUGUAUAUGUAUACAUGUGUGUCUAUUGCCAACUGUACUUUGAUAGCAGCAAUACCUUACUGACCAGAUACAUAACAUGCCAAAAGUAUUGCCUGACUGCAGAUCAGAUUUUCUAUCUAGUUUUUGGACUUCCCUGUUAAUUUGCCAGUAGAACAAGUGAGCUUACUUAUUUUAAACCUCCCAUCUAUUCAUACUGGAAGGUUACACUUUGAGCCAAUAACAACAUAAUGUACACUACAACAAAGUAGCAUUCUCAAAACUGCUCAGAAUUGGAUUGUAAGGACAAAAGCGCAUAAUUGUGUGUACAUUUAUUUAUUCUUUCUGCCUUACUAGGGCAUACGUGAACAUGAGAAGAGGGAAGAAAAAAAAUAAAAAAAAUUGCAAUGUAUCCUUCCUGGUAAAAUAUUUUAUAAGUAAAUAAUAAAAAAAAAAAGUGCAUAUAUGGAGAAAAGUUAUUUGAAGGAGAUAAAUAAUUUAAAAAGAUUUAUUACAUUUCCGCACUUACUUAUGCUAGAAAAUGCUAUUCAAGUGUUUACUGGGAUGAUGCCCAAAGAGAAAGAAGAUAAGUUUAAAUUCCACUUAUUUCCUAAGGUACAGCUGGAUACAGCUCAUGCACAGCAACAUCUUGGCAUGAUCCCCUGUGCAUGCACAUGUGCCAAGGCUACUUGCUAACAAUUAUGGAACAUUAUGAAUAUUAAAUGUAUGCCAACAAUGUUUAUUGUUGCAGCGUAGUGUUAUGCCGCACAUGCGCAAUAAUCUACCAGUGCUCUGGAUUGACAGAGAUAAGAUCAAAAUUGCUGAACUCCCCAUGGUGAUGGCGCCAGACGUGGCACAACGAGUAUGGCGUGGGAAAAGAGGUGAGUGAAAACACCUUUCCCAUGUGAUUUGAGGGGGGCAGGUCACCUAAACAGACACUCACUGACAGUGGUGCUGCACCGAUCAUCUUCCUACUCAGCCCCCGCGCGCUGUUUAGUAUGCCAGGCCGGAGUGACUUCUAAUUCCGGCUACCAGCAUCACUGCGGGGGGUGCGAGGGAGCAGAGCAGAGAGAUUACAGCUCCAUUGCCGCCUCCACACUAAGUGACUCCCCAACUCCGCGAGGGGAUUUUGAUAGCAUACCCUGCUACCUGCCUCUCUCUCCACUCUCCAUGAGCAGCCUGCAAGCCCGCCUGCGAUUUCAGGUGAUUUGUGAGCCCUUUUUUACUUCGGGGGCUGAAAGGGCAAACAAAUCCCCCAAAUCACAAUUUUCCUAGUCGCCAUGGCGACCUGGCUCCUGGGAUUUAUCAAGCCCUGCCUCUAACCAUUAAAACAGGUGUCUGCAGGUAGUUUGCAAAAAGAUCUGCUGAGCUAAUGCAAUCACUGAGCAUCAUGGGAUGCAUUGUAACAAAUCCUUGAGACAAUCAUGUCUGGGUGUUAACAUUCCAGAUGUUUUCUGCAUCGUCAACAUCUUCCCAGGUGUUUGCAUUGUUCUUGCAUUGUACUUUUAUUUAUUUAUUUUUAAAUCUUACUUCUGAAAUACUAACAAUGAACCCUUGUUUUUUUACAUUUCUUAGAAUAUUGGCGUUUACACAUAAUCUGGUACAUAAACUGCAAAAAUGAGAGAUCGACUUCAAGAAUUUAUUAAGAAAGCAAAAGAUUUAGAAUCAGAGUCAUCAAAAACACCUGAAUGCACUUUGACAGACAACAGUGAACCACUUGAGAUAAGGCAGCAGGCGGUUAUAUUUGAAAAAGAGCCCAUCCUACAAAGCUACUUGGAUGAAAUCCACAAAAUUCAGAAGGAUAUCAACCAGCUUUCUGAAAACGUAAAAAAAUUUGGGGAGCAGCAAAAAAUACUUGUGUCGUCAAUGAGACGAUUCAGCGUUCUAAAAAAGGACAGCAGUAUUACAAAGGACAUCAAACUCCAGACUGAGAACAUUAAAAAGCGACUGGAUCUGUUAGCUCAGCACGCUAGAAAGGCAGAAGCAGACUGUGGUGCAUCAUCGGGCCUCUCCAGGAUUCUAAAGACCCAGCAUGCUGCCCUCUUUAAAAACUUUCAAAAUGCCAUGCUCCAAUACAACCAAACAAUUACAGGAAAGCAAGACAAAUGUAAAACGUUUAUUAGAAGGCAGCUCGAAGUAGCUGGAAAAGAUAUAUCUGAAGAGGAGAUCAACACGAUGGUGGAACAAGGCCAGUGGGAUGUCUUCAAUGAGAAUCUGCUCACAGAUGUAAAGAUCACUAAGGCACAGUUAUCGGAGAUUGAGCAGAGACACAGAGAGUUGCGGAGUUUAGAAAAUCAGAUGAAGGAACUGAAAGACAUCUUUUUCCAGAUUUCUCAGUUAGUAGAAGAACAAGGUGAAAUGAUUGAGAAUAUUGAAAUGGUUACCAAAAAGACAGAAGAUCACGUCCAGAGAUCAAAUGAAACAUUUAAACAGGCAGUUAAAUGGAAAAAGAAAAACCCAUGCAAUACACUAUUUUGCUGUUGUUUCCCUUGUUGCUAACGAGGAACAGAACAAGAUUUUGAUGUUUAUGUAAUUGAACUCUACAGUGAAACAUACAAGGACCAUGUUUUACAAGCUUAAAGAAUCACUCCAUGCUCAACAAACCGCUCUGGUACUAGAAUGUUUUCUUAAUCAGGGCACAGAGAGGUUUCUGGACGAUCCGUAUUAAAAACAACAAUAAACAGUAACAAUAAUCCAAUAAGGUCAGAUUCUGCUUUAUUAGCCUUUCUAAAAAAGAAAACAUUUAUUUGGUUGUAAUGCCUUGUCUUAUGCUCUUUAAAGGACCACUAUAGUGCCAGG